AGACAUCCUCUCCUCAGGCUGUGGCUCAGGAACAUCUCAGUUGCUGUGUGGAGAGAUUUGACGGAGGGACACUCCUGUACAUGGACCAUCACCGCGCUGCAAUCCGCCGCCUGCUCACACACACACAAACACACGCAUGUAAUGCCUCGGUGAAAUCCGGACGUACACGGUGGAGAAAACACGCAUGUGAAGAUUUCAUUCUUGCAUGUCAGGAGAGGAGGAACUAGUCGCCGGGUCCGCGGCUGUUUGUCUUUUCUUAUCGUUUCUCCCCCCCUAUGACACUCUAAUUAAUCGGAGGCAUGUGGAAUCGCACCAGGAUUAGGAAUUGCCUCCCAAUAGUGUGCCUGCUGUUGACGUUAUGGACGGAGGUAGGAAGGCUCUAAAUUAUUUUAUCCUGCUCAACAGAAUUAAAAUAAAUGUUUAAAAUUACAAAUAUCAAAAGUUAGUGGGCGUGGGCAGCUGUAUUUGCUCUCCUGCGUUGCAUAUUCGUAUCACAUUUUAAUCGAUAAUUGAAUUACGUAGCCGUCAGUUGUGGAGCAUGUGAUCAUGUUACCAUGACAAGAUACAAGUCUGAGGGAUUGAUACAGGCUACUCUCCAUUUUGUUACAAUGCAGGGAGCCGGCUGCGCUUCUUAUUUGAAUUUGGAGGGGGAAAUUAGGCCUGAAUCAAGAAGUUGUAAGUUGCAUUGCAUCAAUUGGUUGCUGCAGCGGUUCCUUUGAGAGUAACCUGAUUGUCUAAAAAAGCCCAGCCUGUAAACUGCAGGCUGUUCACGUGCUCCAUUCAUGAAUAUUUUUGAAAAUCCACCCUAUCUGUUGGAGCUUUAUGGUGAUUUUCACGCAGACUCAGGCACUGUUUGGGCUACUUGUCCAUUUUUACGCACCAAUUUGAGUAGCCCUGAUGGAACAGAUAGGCCUAUAUUUAAUUUAGGUCUUUUUUAAAAUGUUGUUUCUAGGUGUCCCAGUCAACCGGCUAUUUCGAGCUGCAGCUGAUCUCCGUGGAGAAUGUAAACGGCGAGUUGGCGGACGGAGAGUGCUGCGACGGCUCCAGGGGCUCCCUGGACCAGCACUGCACUCGAGAUGAGUGCGACACUUACUUCAAAAUCUGCCUGAAGGAGUAUCAGACUGAGGUCAACACCAAGAGCAGCUGCACGUUUGGAUCUGGAUCUACGCAAGUUCUCGGUGGAAAUACGUUUUCUUUUAAGGGCGUCAAGAAUAACCCGAAUAAAAUCGACGAAGCUGGCAAGAUAUUGAUCCCUUUCCAGUUUGCUUGGCCGGUGAGUUGUGAUUUCUUUCUCUGAUUCAUCCCACAGGAGAGUGCAUUGGUACCUUCUUCUUUGGCAGCAGCCUGACACAAAAACUUGAGUGAAAUUUGCCUAAUUUAAUGUUCGAUUUCUGUACAAGUAUGGUGAUCAUAUCUCCAAAGUAUUUGAACGGUGUAGAGUCACUCUCCCGUUUUGCAAACAUUUAGUCCACUGUGAUCUAAAUUUACAGCUUCAUCACACCUUUUCAAAACCAGGGCUGAAAAUAAAGACUACAUGCAUUUCUAUUUGCAAAGCAGGGUAUUUUGAUAAAUGUCACAUCUUUAAAACAUCAGAAAAAUGUGCAGCUUCAUAUUAUAGCUGACAAACAUCUUGUUUUACUCAACCAACAGCCCAGACGGUGAAACUUCAGACAUGUAAGAACGAAAAGAAGAAGAAUCGCAUUUAAAAACUCUGUCUGAACCAUCAAGUUUUUGGCAAUGCUGCUUGGGUAGUCGCUAAUUAAUUUUCUUUGGCAUCUUCAGAAGAAUGCUUGACAGAAAGAACCGGUUUGAAGAGUUGAACUGUGUCCAAAUACUCUCCAGCUCAGCAAAUCACUAUGAUAACAAAUUUGCAGGAAAUCCUCCUGGAUUUGGUUUAGAUCGCGGAGAAGUUCAAGCUUUUUAAACCAGGGUCCUUCCUCGGCAGCAUCCUGUCUUUAUGAGAACUGACACAAGCAUCAUGGCUAAACGGUGGCAUGCUUCACAAGGAUCCAAUUGCAGUUACAGUGGUUCGCAGUGUCAUGUGGGUCAUCUUUUAAAGUUGCCCUGAUAUAUGACAGUUGGCUUUGUUCCAGUCCAGCAGCCUGCACCUGCCAAAGCUGUGAUAGGGUAAUUAGACAAGGGGGAAACGCUUUGAUAUGUAGACCCUGGGGGAGAAACUUUGCUGCUUCUCACAUGGAGACAUUGGCGUGACAUUGUGUUAAGAUUUAAGGGUCAUUUCACCACAUCAGGAUCCAUUAAGAGGUGUUAGGUUUGUCAGGGCUCUAAGGGUGACUUCAUGGAGCUUGUUUUGUAGCUCGAUUGUAGGAAAUAAAAGGCAAAGUCAAAGUUUAUUAAAGUGAUUUGGAUUUCAUCUCACAAAGGAAUCUGAUGGUUUCCCUCAGAUUGGUUUGCACCUUCUUUAAGGUGCACGUGUUGGAUGAAUGUGCUGAUUAAUUUCCUGCUAUAAUGAUGAAUGAGUGGCAUUACACGAGGAGUGUGAAAUAUGCAUUCAGCUGUAGUGAGUGACGCCUCGGGGCAGCAGUUCAGUAUGUACUCCUGCAUGGUUUCCACCUCUCUCUCUCUCUCUCUCUCUCUCUCUCUCUCUCUCUCUCUCCCCCCCCCCCCCCACUUUACCCUGCUGCUCCCUCUCCUGCUGUGGGUUCCAGGUGGCCCCUGGUGGCCCCUUCAGGGCAAUUAAGUUAUUCUGACUACAGAUGAGUGAUAGCUGAUGGAAAAAAAAGUAUGCAUGCAUGCAGGCAUGCACCGGUAGUAUAGCCAUGUUAGUAUGAGGGGUGUGUACUCCACCUCAGCUUGUAGAUUAUGCUUGACUGUGGAAUGAAAUGUACAAGUGCUUUCACAGGCCAUUGAUGCAUUAUUCUGUGUUUUCAAUGUAUAAUUUUUAAGUAAACGUGAUUUUGAAGAUUUCAAAAAGACUAAUGAGGUGGAGAUUUGCUCAGUGAUGAACUGUUGGGGAUGAUGUGUGACAAAGUUCCCUAUUAGAGAACUUUCAUGAUUCGAUACUACAGAAGAAGUAAUAAAGCACGUUGGUUCUGCAAUUUAAGCAAUCCUUUACAUAGGGACUUUUUCAUAAACGUAAUCAGUAGUUUAAUUAGUUCCCUAUUAUUCUUUUGUCACCAUAAAAUAUCCCUGAAGUGUUUGUACUAUUGCUGUUUCUCUGCUACCUUAUGGCAAGAAUCAGCUGAAGGUAAACCGAGUGUGCAUGCAUAGUCAAAUAAGUAAACCACUUGAGUGAGACAGCAGAGUUAAGAGUGUUUACCCUGUGAAAAUAUUACUAUUUUGAGUUUUUUGGUUAAAAAGAACAAGCAUAACUUUUCAGUUAAAUGCAUGCAUUAGUUCAGCUUUGGGAUAGGGAAAAAGACAACACAAAGAUGCUGCCUGCAGCAAAGUGCCCCUGCUGGGGAACUGCAAGAACUACUCAUACCAGCACCAACCACCAGAGAGGACUUUUUGGAUUUACAGAGGACAAGAAUACAGCCCUAAGGUGGAAAUUAAAAUUUUUGGUAAUGCAAAAACACUGUAAUCUGACACUCCAGUGAGUAAUGCAAGUAUAUACGGAGUUACUAUUAGAUGGCAGUAAUCUUGUAACAAGUUCAUUUAAAGAGUAAUGUCAACCUGAACCAAUGCUGAAGUGUCCUGAGGAAACAUGAACAUCCAGUCAGAGACGUAUAGAUUUAAAGGUAUAACUGUUAAUCAUGCCUCUGUGCUAGAACAGACUUACUGAAUUUGUUUCAUAGAACACAGUGAUAAGUGUCAUGUGGCUCUCUGAUUUUAAAUGUAAGAGCAGAGUGAUGGACUGAGUCUAGAGAUUUGAUUGUAUAUACUAUUGCCAUCGUGGAGGAUUGAAAGAAAGACUCCAUUUACAUUUCUCUGUCAGCUAAGAGGGUAGUUGUAUGUGUUUGUGUAGAAAAUGUGUAGAGUUAGGCCCCAACUACACAAAUGCGGAUAUAUUUCAAACCAUAUAUUUAUGUCCGAUUAGGCCUCCCUACCACACCAAAACGGGAGUUUGGAGCACUCAAACCGGAUAAAUCUGAAUCCGGAAAAACAAGUGGAGAAAUAAAAAAAUAUCCGUAUAAGUGGAUUCGUGUGGUUGAACUUUUACGGAUCGAUGAUGUCAAACCGCAGCUCGCGCAUGCGAAUUAAAAAGAAAAACAACAACAACGAUGGCGGACAUACAGGGUAUUCUUUACGUUUGUUUUGCCCUUUUGUGGCCAAUUUCGACCUUGCAAGUAAACCUUGUUUUAUACAAUUACAUCCACCAGUCAGCCACACCGUCACAUGGACCCGGCGCACUAGCGUAGGUCCCGCAAACAAUGCAUGGUGCAUCACGCUGUUACGAUUCAUCGGCCAAUCAGGUGGCUUUGUUCCUGAAUUUUUUUAAGCAGCACCAGAUAGGAUUGAGUUUGAAGGCUACGUGUGGACGCAGAUAUUUUUGAGAACUAACACGUGUGGACAGAUACAUUUAUUUAGACGGGAGUACAAAAAUAUCCUAAUAAAUAAAUAUCUAUAUACGUGUAGUCCGGGCCUCGAUGCCAAAGUUUGUUGAUAAGGUUUGAUAGAAAUCUUGAAUUUCAAUGAAUUAUUUAACCAUUUACUAAGAUAUUUACUCAUUGGGACACUUUCAAUAGUAUUGCCCUCUUUUCGUGGAUAGUGGAUCAAUACCUCUUGCCCCAGAAAAAAACAUAAAUGUUGUUUUGCUAGCAUUAAGUACUAGUUUAAGAUUUAUAACUUAAUUCUGAAAAGCAUUUAAACAAAGUUGUUGUCUCUUUGUGUAACACUGUAACAUCUUAACGGCAAGUUGUACGAAGUCAGCAGACUAAUACAGAACAGUGUUGUCUGCGUCAAAAUAGAUAUUACACUCAGCAAUGAAAAAAGACAGUUUUAUUUAUAUUAACUAUGAAUGAAACUGGGCCAGGACUGACUCCUGUGGCAGUCAAUGAUAGUUGAUGGUGAUAGAGGGGACAAUGUUAUUCAUAUAGUCCCUCAAGAAAAUUGGGCCUAGGACCAGUCCCUGUGGAACGCCUUUAAUUAAUGGUAGGAACUGUGAAUAUUCCCAACUUUGACACAGGGACAUCUGUCAGGGGGUCAAUUCUGGGGCCAUUUGCAAGUGGUGGAGUCGUGGUUAUUGAUCACACUUCAGUGAAUAAACAAGAGAAUAGCCAGCAGAACAACAUGUUUUGAAAUAACCACUAGCUGCAGCCCUAACUAUGAUGAUGAUAGAAUGGAGAUGAAUUUGAUAGUUUAUGCAGAAUUUGGCAUGAAUGUUAAGCGGAUACAGUCUCUGAAAUCAGACUGUUUUUCAUAUGCCAGUUAGUUGAUAUCUCUGUGUAUUUGACUGUGGGUCAGACAUGAAAAGCAUGCACAAAAGUCUUCUUUAAAUCCUUGACUAGUGAGGAGUCUUCAAAUAACUGGAUCAUUAAUUGACUCUUGGAAUAUAUAAUGAGUACAUCAUUAGCUGAGCUCAGCCUUUUACUUAGAAGAGCUCAGCGUCUUUUUGAACAUCGAAAAAAAAAAAGAAAUUAUCUGAAUUUUGCUAUAAAUGAAUAAAACUUGAUUUACAUAAUUGUUAGGUUUAAUAAUGAGCAGUUCUUUGUGCCAGCGCUGAUCUCCUUCUAGCCUGUUUUUGUAGAAGUCCUUUGUGUUGAUGGCUUUACAUGUUUGAUUCAGGGGUUUCUCUGUGGAUUUUAUGAUCGGAGGAUUUCCUGCAGCAUUUUAUAGCAGAGGCGGUCCACCUUUUAGUGAAUUAACAGCCACCUUUAAAGCUGCAGGGGAGAAUGGCAAAGGUGUGAUUUCACACGGUAAAGGCCAUAUAUCUAAUGAGAGAGGCUUUUGUGGAGGUGGGAUUGUUAGCACCCAGGCUAACUGAUUCUCUGCUGCCAACCCUGGAUUAAAAAUUUCACACUUCCUGUACUCAUCAUCACGUUGAAUAUGAACCUGCAGCGGUCCCCUCUGUGACUCGUUGACUGACACCUCGAGCGGAGGUGAAGAGGGCUGUUCUGGUGUGUUGUGUUUCUGUGAAGUGGCUCAGGCUGAUAACCGUGCACUAUUCCAGUGCCAGAUGUCACAACAAGCCUGCAGGGUCACUUGCUGUGGCGUUGUCGCUUUUCUUCACUGAAGAAACAAAGAUGCAGUGUACUGUUGGCUGUGUCGCCUGGAUGGCUGCCAGUUUUGAGCCCCAGUGGAAACCAACGAGGGACUCUGGACUCUUCUGUCAUCUUAAGCAAAUCUGAAAUAUGAAGUAAGAACUUGGAAAUUGUUGUGUUGCAUCUUUUACAUCUUGUUUUCUCUCAGCUGGGUGAAAACAGAGCUGCAUGGAUUACUUUUUUCCUGAUCUACCCUGCAAAAUUGGAACAUUUAAGUCCACAAUCGCAUAAAUUUCCUACCUACAUGUACUGUCCUUCUGGGAGAGCUGGUGUUAAAAUGGUGGCUUGGACGUGCAUGUUAGACUUAACAGAAAUAAAGCAAUCAGGACUGUAACCUUCUAAAUAGUCUGUAAAAUUUGUACAGGUAAUUGAUGAAUAUUUAUGUAUCUUCAGGCACAUAAUGAUGCAAUAAAUUACAGUUUUUAGAGUCCCUGUGUUGGCAUGAAAUGAUGGCAUUUGAUUCAGAAACCAGCAAACCUUUUGCAUUUUGCCUUGUAGUCCUCAAUAACCCCCAUAUUGCCAAAAAAACUGUAACUAUCUGUUGGUAAGGUGAUCUUUGCAGCUCUAAUUUUAGUUAAAUCAAACGGCAAACAUGCGUUUUAUCAUUCAAAAUGGUAAAACUGUGGCUCCCUCAGCCAACAGAGACUCAGUCAGACUGAAUAUAUUUCUUAAAAAUAGUAAUUUUCAAUUUCACCUUGAAAUCCAGAGCCGUGACAAUGACCCUCUGAUGCCUUUUAAUUUUCUGAACAGGCACUUGAGUCUCUCCUUAAAGAGCACUUUUCAUCUCCCUGUGUAGCGUGGAGCAGUCGAGCUGUAACAGUGAAAGUCAUCCUGCAUUUCUGGGAAACGCUCCCCCCUCCAGUGCUGACACACAGACUGAGAAAUCGUAGCUUCUUCUCCUCCUCUUCUUGGUUCAGUUAUCUUCACACUGAGGUGAUGCAUUGUUAAUAGCUGGUUUUAAUCAGAUUGCAAGAUGCAUAUCUGUUGUUUGGAAGUCUUUCAGAGAUUCUUCAGCUCCAGCUCAUCUUGCCAGGAUGUCAGUAAAGAGACUACUGAUGCUUUUUCUGCCACCUCUGAGCUCAGCCUUCACUCAGUGUUUCCCCACAGGCUGGGAUUUACAGGAAAUGCAGACUGCUUCUGCUUUCUAUUGUGAGGAGUUUGUCAGCUUUUGUGGAAGUGUGAUGCUGUCGGAUAUUUGCACCGCAGUAAAAACUGCAGCUUGAAUGACAAUUUAUGCAAAAAUCUUCACAGUCGAGGAAUUACACAUAACUGAAAGAGGAAGAAACAUUAAAAAUAUGGAUGUGCUAAAGCGAAUUUCCUGUUUUUUAAAACAGAAAUUUUAAUUCUCAUUUUUUACAGCUGGACACGAGAUCAUAUAGUCUGCAGAUAACUGAUGCCAAGUGUUAACUAAGGCCAAGUCCUCCAUCCAAGUGAAAACCCACAUGAUGGUUCUGGUCAUAUAUUGCAUCCUUAAAGUGGUACAGCUGGCAUUCAUCUUAAGCCCAAUUUUCUGAAUCAAACUAUUCCCAAACCACCCAGAACCACAAAAUGAUGUCUUGCUUACAUCCUGGUAGUAGAGCAUUAUAGUAUUAUGGCAGUAGCUGCUUCCUCGCGGUGCAUGGCUUCACUUCAACUAAUACUCAACAUUCAUCACCAAGCAAUUCUGGUGCUAGCUAGCAAGAGUGAUAAAGACUGAUAUUUGAUCAUGAAGUUGAUUUAAAGAUGCAUAUCCAUACAUAUCCAACAUUUUGAAGUUUUGCCUUUUGGUAGAUUUUAAUGUAUUUUUCUCCCUUUUAUUAAUAGUACUUGUCGUUUGAAGCUCUCUUAAAAAACUUGAUCUUGAUGCCCUGCUUGGACAAACCAUGUCUUUAUCUGGUUCUCUUCUUCUGUACAUGAGCAGUCUUAUCUGACAAAAAAACUCAUCCUGUUGUUGCAUCCUGUUAUGACAGUUAUUUAAAAUGAAAUUGUCAGUAUCGCAGCUUUUUUCACUCAUAAUUAGGUUGUGGUGUUAGUUUCAGUCUGCUUCAAAACCAGAUUAAAACUUAAAGUAAAUGUUCAUUUCAAGGAGUUAACCGUAGGUGUCAAGUAUUUUAUUUUUGCUGGGAAACUACUGUUUUUUUACCCUGUUUUCCUCCCGUUUCCCUGUAUUAGUAUUAGUAAUUUAAUUUCAAAGAAUGUGUUUUUGUGUACAUAUAAAAAAAAGUGUAGUGUGUUCGGUGGUGACUCUUAAAGGUGGCUUUAGGCUUGGCUAGCUCUUUCCUCCUUUCCCAGCUUUUUGCUAAGCUAUGCUAAUCAUCCUAUGUCUUCAGCUUUAUCAUUAACUUAGACCCUCUUUUUUAAUGCUUAAUUUUGCACGUGGACUGAGCUGUAUUUUUGUGAAUGGACCUCAAACAUGAAUGCACUCCAGCAGUCAGCUGACCGAGCUAAGGCCUCUCCAGCUCAUCUGAUUGAGUUACCAUUUUGUUCGCCCAUGCUGUGUGAGCACUUCAGAAGAGAGAGAGAGGGAGGGAGGGAGGGAGAUGCGUUUUACUUCCAUUUGAUCACUAAUGAAAUUGCUGGUGAAAUUUCUGAGCCUCUUUUCCUCCUAUCCCCCCCUGCCCCCCCGCUACAUCCGCCAGCGUCCUCUUGAAAGAAGCCUGUUUGUAACCGUAUCUGCUCUGCGCUUGGAUAUGCACCAUAUGCAACCUCCCUCAGCUGGUAAAUAAAUGCAUGUGGAGGUUAGCAAGACCUUUUGGUUGAUCUGCAGCAGCCACUGAACACUGUCAGAGGAUAUUAAACAGGAGGAAGCUGUUGUAAGUAUUGAACCCACCAUAUUUCUAUAAAAAUAACACCCAUCCCUGUCAGGAUAAAGUGUCUGCACCGAGCUGGUUUGUUUGGACUGUUGCCCAUGCACCCUCUCAGUGUAUUGUCUGUCAGUCUCUAAAGUCUGAUCAUUUUAAAACCAGGAGGUAUUGGAAGAUGCCAUUUGCAUCUUAAAAACGUGUUAAUCUGCACAGACCUGCUGAAGAUUGUUUCGCUUGGAACAAACCCAAACUACCCAAAUAGUUUUGGCUCGCGUACGCCUGAUUCACAGCGUUGCUUUUAUGCUUUUUUUUGUGUCACUGACAUGCAUUGUUUUGCAUAAAUCAAGUUCUUGCUCUUGACUGUCUUGAAACUCCAGAUCAGAUUCAUUCAGACUCUACAAACAGCUCGUGAGUUGAUAUUUCCUCUCUUGGAGUGCAUCCUUACCCUGCAGUUUUAAAUCACUAGAAGUUACUGUGUAGCUUAAGGGUUUGGCACCGUGUUAGCAUUUUCCAACCAUCCACUCUCGGGUAAACAACCUGCUAUAACUUACAGUAAUUCUGAGAUUCCUCUGCGAAGGUUGGCUUUCAUAGUAAAAGUAAAAAAAAAAUGUCAAAAUUUAUAAUUUGGAAUUUUAAGAACUGAUCUUUGACAACCAAAGCUAAAAUGUUUAACAUCAGGAGUAAACAGUGUAGUUGCACUCACAGUACACCUGUGUGACAUCAUGCCAGUCGGAUAGUGUUGAUUGGAGCCCAGUAAACGCAUUUUUUAAUAAACCUGUUUUAUCCUCUAUCUGUAAAAUAAAAUGCUGGUAUUAGGUCUGCACGAUUAAUCGAUUUUCAAUCGUAAUUGGAUUAUUUGAUCAUGACGAUUUUAAAAAAAUUAAAAUCAUCAAAUCAAUUUUCCUCCCUUUCUGCAGGAGCGCUUCCCAGUUCCCACACACACCAGUGCAAACAAACAUGGUGUUUGCAAAAGAAGGUGAUUAUUUCGUGGCUAGACAGGGCAAGAGCAAGUCAGUCGUGUGGAAUUGGUACGGCUUUGCAGUUUCAGAUGAGGAGCAAACUACUCCCCACUGCCAAGUCUGUCUGAAGGCGGUAUCAACCCGAAAUGAUUUUUCUUGAAAUGAUUUUGCCUACACAGCGUAACUCUUUUAUGGCGCCUGCGCAUAUCCGGCUAAAACAACCUUUAUAUGCAUGCUCUGUACUCUUCUUCUGUCACCUACUGGCUCUGCAUACGCACCACAUCAUUUCAGUGGUUUGGUAUUGAGAGAUGAUAGAAAAACUUAUUAAUAUGAAAUUUGGUGAAGUUGUCUCUGUAUAAAAAAUUUAAAUCAAAAAUCAAGUUUUCAGAGAAAAAAAUUGAGAUUUUAUUUUUGGCCAAAAUCGUGCAGCCCUAGCCGGUAUGGAUAGGUGGCCAAAUGAUGAAUACAGGUCACAGAGAUCUAUGUUUUUAGCAGUUUAUAAUUUUGAGAAGCAUCUGUUAUCGGUCAAAAAUGUUCACAGUGUGGUCCAACAAAACUGGCUAAAUUACAAGCUUAUACGAGCAGGUCACUGGGCCCAAAACAAUUAUGUUGACAUAAUUUUAGCAUAUCUGAUGUGCUAUCAGAUGAAUUGGUUAGUUGGUUGAGCUCUAGGGAAGACCAACAAUCAAUCAUCAUAAGAUCAAAAUCACAGGCUUCAAAAAUGAUCUUACAACAUAAGGCAGAAAAUAGCACCUUUCUUUUCUCUGCAAUCACUCAAUCUUCUCUGUGCUGAUCAAACUGGCAAGUUUUAUGUUGAUCAGUCAGAUCUGAAGGCGAAAUUUCCAUAGGCCGUCAAGAUUAUGUUUGUUUCCAGAAGACUUUUUGGAUCAUUUUACACCCUUUAUGUCUUUGAAUUUCUCAGGGAACAUUUAAAGUCAGCUGUCUUGUUUUCAAAUGUUUAAAGUUUAACCUCAUGUAAGCAAAGAAAUAUCUGCUAGGGUCCUUACAGAUGCUGUGUAAUAACUGGGACAGACAGUGGCUCGUACAAACACUGUGACUCUUCACAUUAUACCAUGCUCCUCCUCCCUCCCCUCUCUCUGUAAAGCUUUAUUUUGGAUGCACACACACACACAGCACCAUAGGCUAACACAGGCUACCAUGGUUAGCCUCACCUGAUGUGGAGCUUGUCAAAGCGUUGCUAGGAGACGGCUACAUAGGCUUCUAGUAAACAAUUAUCUACCCUUUCAGCAGCUCCCUCCCCCAUCCCUCCCUCGUCUAGUCCCAGGGCCGUCGCUUGGAAAGCCACUUAGUGCGGUCUCACCUGUGAUUCAGCUCAGCUCCGUAUUGAUUAUGCAAUUAGCAGGUCAGGCAGAACUGACACUCCCUUUUAGUGAAAGUGGUGCUCAGGGUGUGUUAUUUGUGUUUAAGGUGGUAAUCACGCUCACACAAAUAUUUAAGCGCACAGAAAAACCACUGUGCCUUUGCAUGUUGCACAAAGGGCCUGAAUGUGCAGUGUGUCUUGCAGAACUAAUGUUUGCAUUCAGUGAUGUGUUUUGCAAUUUUGCUCAUAAAAAAAAAAGAACAGAAAAAAGGGUUUUAACAAAGGCUAGUAAACAAUUAAUCAUACAGUUAAUCACAAUUAAUCGCAUACUUAGAACUCUCUGUGACUUCGCUUUUGAAAAAAUCUUUUAAGAUCAAACUGACAACAUUUUAUUUUCAUGGCCACAUUUUAUCUUCAUUAAGCUGUAACAUAAUAAUCGUAAUUCAUUUCUCAUUACAAACUGUCGGUGUUUCCUUAGUUCCUUAGCUCCUCUAUUUUGACUCCUUCAUUUCUUUGUCUGUGUUUGUUUGCACACUAAUCAGAGUUUUGACUGCUUUAUUGAUUUUCUUGGUUUGUUGUUUGUAUUCUGUUUAUUUGUGCUAACAUUUGUUGUAUGAAGUUACAUAUAAAACUAAAUCUAAUUCAUUCAUUGAUUGAUCAGCCUAAUGAGCUGCACCUGUAUGCUUAGCUUAAAGGUGUUAGCUCAAACAGAAAGCACAUUAGAGAUAUUCUAAUUCUCUUUGACAUUUAUUGCAUAUAACUUUCAUAUCACUUGUCAACUGAGCUGUCUUCGAGCUUUUUAAAUUAAGAUAAAACAGUAAAGCAUGGUGGUUUCACUUUUUUUUCAUCAUAGCAACAAAAGGUAGCAGGAAUGCAGGAGUGAUUUAUAUGUAGAUGACAGGAUGGUUUUAGAUGCCAGACAGCAGCAGAGCCUGCAUUCAGCCUGCAGUUUUAUCGAGGUCGACUUCUGUCCAUGAUUUUGUAUUUUUCAAAUGUUAAAUUCCUCUUUUCAAAUUUCACUAAUUGUCAUUGAAAAAUGUAGUUUUUGUAAAAAUAAGAUAUAUUUGUAGCUCAUAAAUCAUAGUGUUCUUGGGGUGAUCAACAUCUUAAACAUACAUGCAUGCAGAGUAUCGAGACAACAUUUGAUUGGGUUUGUUUCCAUCAUUUUAUGACCUUUUAAUUAUUUUUUUAUGUUUUACAUAUUACAUAAUCCAUCUUAACCUAAAAUAUAUCUUAGAUCUAACAGGUUCUUAAAGACUUAACCUGCAAAAUGUAAGAUUUAAUUUGUUUUUCUGCUGUGAAAUUUCUUUUUCAUGUUUCGAUAUUAAAUGAAUGCGAAGUUAUGAGCUGCUGCAUUAACUACUCGUGUAUCUCUUGAUCCCAGAUAAAUGAUGAGAACAGAGACACUUUCACUUAAAAACACAUACUCUCAUCCUUAAACUUUUGUGUCAAGAAAUCUUUCGUGCUUCAGUGUCAUAGCUUACUGGUCUGAGAAGUCUUUGUUGUUGCCUUGCUCAUCAGCAGAUGCAGUGAUCUGGACUGCUGCUUUAUUGGGACCCUUUUGCUCUGACUCUGGGCUCUAUUUUCUUGUUUGCGGGGGGAUACGGCAGAAGGUGGCGGACCCCGCGCAGUGGUAUUUUCGUCUGGCAGAUCCCGGCGUACAGCCAGUUCGGUAUUUUCGUGGACUGAGGCGCACUGAGGUCUGCCAAGCUGGGCGUGGUGGCGUGGCAGGGGGAGGUGUCGACAGAAUCAGCUGGCACAGUGACAUUUUUGUGCUCGCCGGUGUGUAAAGUGCGCUAAAAGCUCGCUGAUUAAAACCUGGUCAGCUUUCAGCGCAGGCGGAGCACAGCUGGUCAUACGUCACCGAUGCCUCACCGGCAGGCUUCCACAGUGUCAGGCACAUUUCAGUGCAAUAAAUAAUCAUCAACAACUAAUAAUCUGAGUCCGCACAUACAUUUAGAUCUAUAGAUAUAUACUGAUUUAAAUCUGAUCUGAUGAGCGCGUUUGGCACGCAUUUGGACACACAACCUGACCAAAUCAACACAGCUGAAACCGCAUAAAAUUAAAUUAAAUAUCUAGUAAAUAGAGACACAUGAUGAAGUUAACAAGAUAUGUAAUUUGUCCCCCUCUUUUUCUUUCUUCCUCUUCCUCUUAUUUCUCGCGCAGCUCGACCUGGAGAUGUCUCUGUGUCCUCUCCCCGUCCUGCUGCAGCUGCUGCUGCGGCGGCUGAACAGAUGAUUUGUUUUAGUGAUCAGAUGAGUUAUUUACUUUAAGCCUACAUACAAAUAUUAUAAUAUUCAGUUUUGUGAGCCAAAUUUAUUUUAUUUGCCAACAUCUAUGAAAGAAAGAGCCAGGCCACGGAGCGCGAUGCGUCCUUUACGCACAGAGGGUUCCGAUUUUAAUGCCAUUAUUGGAGUUAAUGUUGUGAUCUGUGCACACAACCCACCUUUGUCACGUGAGGUUUGAAUAUAUGCAACUUUAUGUGAGUGUCUUUAUUUGUGGAAAAGGGUGUUUGUCUUACCAGUGGGUCCAACAUGACACACACCAAAUCCCUCUGUACUUAUAUGAGACAGUGUGCAGGACGCCCUCUGCAGCGCUUACAUCGACACUUGCUGAGGGGCUGCCUUCUGUCGACAUCGUGUGGCAUUGCUGUCUUCAGACAUCUCUUGAUCUCUUUGACUACUUCACGAAAAUUGUAAUACACCUCGCUGGUGGCGGAUUUAAAGGCAAGGAGAGGAGCUGAUGUUAUUAGUCAAUACAGGUCUCGGCUGUGUUAAACCCACUCCACACCCUCUCUUCUCCCUCCCGACGACUUGCGCCGCUGGGAGGAGCUGAGUUAGGGAGGGGGAUACUUAAGCUAGGCUGCGCCACUCACCAAAAUACCAAAUUGUGCUUGGGAAUGCCUUGUCGGCGCGGCGGACCUGACUUACGCUGCGCCACGUCACCGGCGAAGCACGAAUAUAGAGCCCUCUGGCUUAAUCUUCAAUGUUUAAUGGACUUGUGUUUUAAUGUCUGGAGCUGUAUUUUGUUCCUCGUGCAUUUUGUAAACAGACCUCAGUGUGUCUGAGAGCUGCUUUGUGAGGGUCCCAGAAUGAAACAGUAGUUUCUGCCUUCCAGGGGUGAUGAUGUUUGAACUUGUGCUCUGCCCUUAAACUUGUACCUUGAGUUUGAACAACAAUCUGGUAUUUUUGAAAACAGCUAUUUAAGACAUUUCUUCUAACUUGCUUGGAGCUGUCUCACUGUCAGCUCUCAAGAAUGUUCAACCUUUUGAACUAGACUUUGUUUGGUUAUUUGGGACUUUUUGCCUGCUGUUUGUACGUCAGCUGUUUGAGUGAUAAAUUCGGACCUGGAUUUGUCUGUUGAAAGGGCCCAUAUUUCAGUAAUGAUCAAAUCGUGGUUUGUUGCACAGCCUUGUUUUCCACUAAUUUUGGACAGAUUUUGACCUGUGCCAAAUUCAAUAAUUUCCCUCUGGCUUUGCCCUCCUAACCAAUUUAUCUUGCUUUCCAAAUGAAAGUUUUUGUUAUAUCAAAGUGACAACCUAGGCCACUGAAAAAUGAAGCUUAUGCAGCCGUGCACCAAACUGCACUCCCACAGGUGCCCACUUGAGGCCGACUCGCAAAGCCUAUAAAACAGUAUUCUUCAAAUGUAAAUUUUUACAGCAAAAUUAAACAAGGUAAAUAAGGAUUUUGGACUGUUUUAGGUUGAGUCGCCAUAUUGAUUGUGUUGUUUACUAUUAAUUAGCAUCAUAACUACAGUAUGUCCAUGUUCUGUAGUUCUGGCAUUACAUCAGAAUAAUUUAGAGUGUUUUGUUAAAAAAAUCAUGUCUGAAAUUGUUGGUAUGUCUAUUCCUCUGAUUGUAUUCUGCCACUAAAGGUAUUCAAGAGCAGAAAGGCUAAAAGGUCUGUUUGAACCAGAGAGUAUGAGAUUAGUCUGAUUAAUCAUGAUGGGAUUGGCACCAGCCUGCCAUUAAGUGAACCUCUGCACUAAGAACAGUCUGUCAGGUGAAGUUGCUUUGCCAUUUAUGAAUGACUAAACACAUCUUUAAUUUUGUUACCGGCUCUUAUGGAAAGUAGUCCGUAUAUACAACCUUUCUGAUCCCUUUGUGCAAAGUCAGACAUUGAUACAACAUAGGAAUCUUUUUAGAAAGCAAAUAAAGUUACUUAUUGAUUUAUUUCUGGUUUUUGUUUGUUUUUAUGAAAUUGUUGCUGAUAUUUUACCAAAUAUCUGACAUUAAGUAAUACUUAAGUCAGGUCCUGUGCCCACCACUAGCAGUUUUGUGCUAGUCACACCCACAACCUCACUAUUACAACACUUUUUUCAGUUACCUUUGAAUCAGGCUAAGAUUUGUCUGUUUGUGUCAUACUUGCUUGUAUUCAGUGGAUUUUUAUCCAAACAAUUGAUGGAAAUCAUACUGUAGCUUUAGCAGCAGGUCGAGACCUGAAAAUAGUACCUGUGACAAAGAAAGCGUGGUUGGCCUCUUUUUCCCUAAGAACCUUUGUUGAUGACAAAGUUGGCAUCAGAAGUCUCAGCCCUUCCUGAGAUGGAUUAGUCAGUGAUGGAAAAGGCAGCUGUGCUGUCAAAGUUAAACAAUUUUCAACUGAAUUUGCUGUGAGUGCAGCGACAAAAUUAUCAGUGGGUACAGGCCCUUAUGUUUUAGUUUGUGCUUUGUAUGGGCGACAAGAACAAUCUUUUCUUUCAGUGUUGAAAGUCUCUUAAAAAUAAAAACUUAACAGUUUUGUCAUUGUUGAUGCUCCUCAUUGUGGUUAUUCUUUGAGACAAGAGAAAAGAAGUCUGGCACAGCAGUGAAGAAGCCCAAAAUGUGACGGAUAAGUAAAGGAGAAAACCAUAAGAAGAAUAACAAUCUGGUUAUGUUAGGUUACUAAUUAGAGGAAAAUGUACGAAUCCUUUUAUGACAACAUGUUGUUGAUGCUCUCCUUCGGCUAUCUGCAGUGUCUAAGGUCAACUGUUUGUGCUGUCUUGAUUCCAUUAUUACCUGUACAUUGAACCAAUGUAUUUGGUAACUUGAAAAGUGUUUUUGCAGGGUGUUAUCUCCAACACAUCUAGAUUAAAAUUCAAAUCUCUAGAAUAUUGACUUAUCACCCGCUAUAUAUCAGACCAAAGCAGUGGUUAAAAUGUUUGACCUGUGUGUCUUGAGAGUCUGUGAAUGUUCCUGCUGCCCACCAUGUCCCCUGCCUCUUGUUAAAUGAAUGGUGUGCAGGUGCUAGAGUCUCCUUGUGGGGGUAAUUAAAGCACAUCAUUACAUGGGCAGUUAAAUUGUCACUGUUCUGUUGAACCUGUUUGAAAUGAAAAUGGAGCUCAGCUGGAGGCGGUGCUGUAUUGCUCUCUAGUCAGGCACCCUGUUGCUUUGGAUCAGGAAUCAGCCUGUUAAUGUUUCUGAGGCAUGCCUAUUGCUGUAGUCUGUCUUUUCUGAAGGCAAAUAAACACUCAAAGAAGAAACCCCGAGAACUGAGCUCCAACCUGGUGGUAUCAAACCUUUGAAGUUGUUUCUCACAUGUUCUUGGCUCCUUAGAUGAUGGAGAUUUCUGGUACUCUUAUUUUGCAAACUGUCAGCCUUCCCAGAUGACAAUUUUUAGAUAAGACUACCUCCAUAUUUUGACACAAAAACUUCAUAUCCAUGUUUAGGCAUAAAAAGAGCAGUUUUAUGCAUGCAAGAAAAAUCUAGAAAGCUAUAUCCUUCCACUGCUUGUAUGAUCAGUUACUCUGAGUUUGUUUUGCAGAAAAAUGCAUUAACAGUAUAUCCCAUGAUGAAGUGUCAUGCAUAUCUAUGGUUUGUAUGUGAAGCCAUUUAGCAUUUCUAUGCAAAUGUGCGUGUGCUGGUGUUUGUUUUACGUGGUGCAUAGUCUUGGAUCACGCUGGUUAAUUAGCACCAGGAGGGGAGGGGUUUUGUUGUAUUGGAAGUGCAUGGGUAAUGACCCUGUUGGCAUAGUAGCAGAAUGCUCAAUGAGCCGUGCGUGUGUGUGCACAGCCGGUGUACAGCAGCCAGCCAAAUGCCUUGCCUUCGGUGCGACAUCUCUUGGCACACGACUCUGGCAAGCGACUUGUGUGCAGGAUUCACAGACCCCCACCUCCCUACCCUGCAGAGAUAUGACUGUUAUUCAGUCUGUAACCUGCUUUCUUAGGCUCACAUGCAGUCAUAGUAGAGUAAUGUUGUAAGACCAUGAGUCAUUGAUCAAUGGUGCUUGUCUCGUCCAUCUUAAUCAACAGAAAACUAUAUUAUGAAAUAAUCUGACCAUAUUUACUCAGCUUGCAAAUUAUCCUCUUUUGAGGUAAAAAGGAACAGCUUUGGUUGUUUACUUACUCAGUGUGUUUACUGAGUGCAAAUUUGGGUUUCUUGUUAAAAGAACAAAACUUAUUGGUUAAAAUUGUCUGCUCAAGCUUUAACAACCAAUUAUGGGAUGGAAGAUUGCAUGGCUACAGACCAUAUAGAGCCAUAAAAAAAUCUACAUGGGGACCACGCUCAUUAAGAUAACCUCUGUGAACACAUGGUCAUGCCGCAACAAGAGAACUGAAUGCAAAAAUAGGCCUGUUGUAGACUCACAGUGCCCAGUUACUGCAUGCUUCUUGUUUUUUAUCAAAUAAAAACAUGCUUUCAAUGACUGAUGUCAGUCAGGAACAUACCAAGGUUACAGUCAGUCUGCUUGUAGAACACACAGGCUCAGGAGAAAGAACUGAUACUUCAUUGACCAGUCUGUCUGUGGUGUAUCCAAAGAGAGGGCAAAAUGCUGGUAAAAAGUUAUCAACAUCAGUAUCUGUCGUGGUGCCUGUUGUGACCCUGGAAAUUUUAGAGGCAGCGCCGUCUCUUGGGACUUGGCGUGAGAACUAGUGACUUAGCAAUGCAAGUAAUGAAUCUCCAACUAUUUGGGGUUUCCUGUUGAUGUUCACCCCCUCGUUUUCACAUCUCUCCAUAACCAUGUUCAUUUACAGUUCUUACAUGUGUCUAUUUCUUUCUAUAUUUGUGUGUACAGCACUUUCAGUGACGUUACAAAAACGGAAUUUCCCCUCAGGGUUUUGUGAAGUGUGUCCACUUUGUUCUUCAAACGUAGGAGAUAAUGCGGUCACUUAUGUUGCAUCACCUUAUCAGUCCCAUGGUUGUUACAAGGGUAUUUCUUUUCCAGAAGUGAGAAUGUAACAUUAAUAUUUUGUGUUGAAUCACACUGCUGAAACUUCUUUGGCAGAGCCUGGAGUUCCUCAUUUGGAGUAAGGGAAAGGGAAGGGUAAGGGAAAUUUUUGUUUUGAGGAUAUUCUGGCUGCAAAGUGAAAUUAUAAAAUAUAUUGAAAGCCCUCUUUCAUCUUGUCAUUUUGAGGUUCAAUUCCUUGUAUACAUCACAGUGGACUACAAUUUUGUCUCUCCUGUAUCCUAAGACAAGAAAAGCAAAAAAAAGAAAAAGGGUUAAAAAGGUCAAAAACCUUCCACCUUUUCGCUCACCGCCUGCCAGCAUCAUCACUGCAUUUGCAGGGAUUUUGCCACUGGGGGUCUUUGAUCUUUGCCUAUGAACAGAUUGAGGAGCUUGACCGAAACAGAUUUGGGAGUUAUGUAGUCCUCCCUUUGGGUAGAUAUGAUGGGAAGGUGGUCCAGCGCACAUUCACGGUUUCCUCUUUUACUGGAAAUGUCUAGUUGUGAUUCAGGCAAUGCAGAAUUAAAAAUAUUAGUCUUUUUUGCGCAACUUUGAGGAGGUGUCAAAUAUACCUGACACAAUGUCGUCAGUUUUUUUGUCUUCUUUCAGGAAAGAUGUGCCCGGUUAUUUGCAGGAUCAUUGACAUCAAUCAUGGGACUCUCAUUUUUUUUUAUUUAUAGCACUGGGACAGCUAUUUUUCUUUUCAUGUCCAUAAAAAAUGAUGGAAUAUAACUGCUUGUCAGCCAUAUUUUAAAGGUAAUUCCAAUUACCUGUGUCCAGACAAGGUAUGGGAUACAUCCCAUGCUGUUUGUUCCAGCUGCCCUUGCUAUUCAGCAGAAAUGGUGCAGCUCGGUGCCCUUGCUGGAAUAGUGUAGACUCAGCCCUAGUAAAACCAAAAGCUGGGAUUGACAUCACAGAUUAAUGAAGAUUACAUGCAGCGAUUACUGGCCACGGGAUGAAUCGUGAUGACCUCAUGUCCCAUCAGAAGGCAAUAAAUCAGGAGAUGUCAGUGGAACUCCCGCGAGGAUGAACUGAGAACAGGGGAGAUGGACAUUCAGGUCACCUCUCAAUGACAUGGAAGCCGAAACAGCUCAAGGUUGCAGACAGAUUUUUUAUGCGUAUUGCUUAUUGGUGGAUUUUACCGUCAUUGCAUGGGAGGCAUCAAAAGAGGAUCACUGAAACAACUCUCAAGCCUGAUCAACAUUUAGCAUUUGGGCCUUCUCCAAGAGGCAGAGAAGAGUUAAUCAAACCUCCUUUUUCUGUUCCCUGAAUUGUUGGCAGACUGGGAUUUUUCCUGGGAUUACACACCAGGCCGGGAUCUCAUAUUCUUUGUAUUCUUCGAAUGCAAACAGGCAGAUCGCCCCACAUGCAGAGGGCUGACCCCUCUUUUCAGGGAGAAGCGUGCAGAUCCCAUGCUUAGUGACCCCAACCUGCCCUGGCUUCCACUUCCCACUGCCACCUCUCUCUGCUCCCUGUCUCUCUUUAUUUCACUGCCUCACCAUCCAGCCAUCCAUCCACCACUCAUCUAGCGUGGGAACCUACACCUGUGGCUUUCCCUAGACAUCACCACCACAUCCUCCCCUUUAUCCAAAAUGGACCUUUUCACAUACUCUUGAAGAACUGUAUCAGAAUUUGAUGGACUGAUGACUCUGGGUCAUGUUUGGCCAUGUGUUGUAAGGGUGCCACUUGAUUAUUAGGUCAUUCUGAGUGAAGACAGGUUCACUCAGUACAUGACACACAAACAUCCAAUUUUGUUUCACCAUGCCCCCCUUCAUGACUUGAAAACUAGGAUUUCUCAGAGUAAAUCCUCUAAUCCAUUAGGGGAAGGGCCACCAAGGGUUUUGGAGAUUUGACUGACAGAGGAUUCUUCGCAGUCUCAGUUAUAGUAUUUCACACUGUCAGAUGUAGUUGUGCGCUGAGAAAAUAGGGCAGGUUGAUAAAAUUGGACUGUUCUCUCAGUUAAAGACUCAUGCAAGAACUAUUGGGAACUUUUAGACUGAACUCAUGCAGCCACCCUGGCCAGGCUCAGUAACACACAUGCUGACACUAAUUGUCCCCGUGCUGACUGUGUCUCCUCACUGACAAUGGUUUUGAUUGGGAUGGGGGUGAGUUAUGGUGUUGGGACAAGGGUCUUUGUUCAGUAGCCUUUCCCCCUUCCCUCCCCCACUCCUCCCUUUAUCCCCCCUUGCCCAUCCAUCUAUCUUGUUCCAACCAUUUGGGCAGCUGUCACUUAAUCCAGCUAAUCACAGACUGGGAUGGUCUGUGGGAAACCAGGCUAGUCCGUGGCUUUGCUCAACCCCAUCAUACACUGACUCAGGGAUCUAUUUAGCCAAAUGUUUACAACAUGUUGGCAUGCGAGCAAGCCUGGAUAUGAGGUAACCCUUAAAGGUGGAGGUCACAGUAUGUCCACCUGUUCUUUCUUUGAUGCCCCUCAUUAUGUAACACAUGCAAACUCUUCCAGUACACUAUUGCAAGAACCUCUGCAGCCAAUGCAUGCUCUGCCACUCAUGAUUUCUCUUGUAUGCAUUGGCACAUGCAUACAUCCACCCACAUGCUCAGUCUGGGGCAGCUAGCCCACCCUUUUGUGGCGGGGGGAGGGGGAAUGGGUGGAAAGGUCAGAAGCCGAGCGACAUGUCAUGGGAUGAUCCACGUUCAUGUCAAAUAAUCCAUCUUCCAGGCUGCAUCUGUUGUGCGUCUGCAGUUGGAUGGGUUGAUGGAGCUUCUGGCAACAGCAGCACAAGCAUUACCCUUCACCAGAAAACCCCCAGUCUCACUCCUGUACUUUCUUUCUUUCUUUCCCUAUUCCUCAUCCACCUCACCAACCCCAGCGCUCUUUCCCCUAAUGCCUUACCAGUAGCUCCAGUCUCAAACAGCUGUACCCCCCAUGUUCAAACUGUAACCCAAGCCCUUUAGCUCACCCCUGUCCCGUCAUCUUCCAUCCCCUUCUCUUGUCACCCAUGGUCUUCCACAAUAACACUCCCCUCCCCUUCCUCCCGCCACCACCCGCAGCCAGACAAGCCUACUUAAUCCCACAGCCCAGCAGCAACCAGCCUACCAGCUUGUUGGUCCCCCAGAUCAACAACACAGACUGACACACACACACACACACACACACACACACACACACACACACACACACACACACACACACACACACACACACACACAUUUCCAAUACCCCUCCCUGUGACUUCUGUUUCCCUGGUCAUUGAAUUAACUGCAAGUCCCUCAAAUAGUAGCCUCACGCUUUUUUUUUGUACCACCCCCCCCAUUUCAACGUCCUAUCAAUGACAUUACAGUAGAGGUCACAGCAGUCACAUUGUGGCUACUACAACUGUCACUUGUGGUGACGUAAUGGGUGCUAUUUAGGUCAGCUGGUUGCCUAGCAGUGUGCCCUGCAGCACACCGGCUAGAUUACUCCUGUGCUGCUGGUUAGCUUGGUUAGUUUCCAUCUCUGUGUGUGUGAGUGUGUGGAUGUUUGUUUACUGUGCAAAAUACUCAUGUUUUUGCUUUAUGAUGUCAAAUUCUUAUACUUUAAAAAAGCAAACAACUCAGGCACCUAAAAGAUAUUAGAGUGUUUAUUUAAAUGAUGCAUGUGAUAGUUGCAUACAAAGUCUGGGCUUUUGUACUGCUCAUGGUGACGAGGUGCAAAUUAGCACUAACUGCAAUUAAAGCGGCAAUUUAUUCAAUAUUUUUAUUGUUGCGUUCACAAUGAGUCAUAUGAUAGCAACAAACGGUUCUCCUGCUUUUAAUUUCCCUCAAGUCAAUCAAAUUGAAAUUAUUUUAUAAUAACCACCACAACUCAAAAGCUGUAAGUAAUUGUUGGUGUGUCUUGAUUGCUUAUAUCUUGAUGCAUUACAAUACUACAAAGACUUAAUUUUGCAAGGCUAACAUUGGCCUUGGUGUUUUUUCCAAUAUGCUGAUAUUUACUCUCAUUUUCAAAACAUCAUGGUUACCAAUAUACACACGAUUGAUAGUAAGGAACAUACAGGCUUUCCUGAACAAGGGUUUACCUGUCACUCUUAUCAUGAAAGUCUUUUUGUGGACAAAGCAGUGUUUGCUUAUCUGCUCCUCUAACUACUUGAUUACUGUCUUUUGACAGAAAAUUUCAUCUUGCUGACAGUUACUUAUUACAGUUAAAUGUAUUGUUAAUUGUGAAUAUUUUUGUGGACACUGUAAAGAUAUAGUUGUUUCUACAGAUGCUUGGCUGACACCUGCCCCUUUGCAUUGGUUUCAGGCAUCAAAACUACGAUAUAAAAGUUGUAAUUCUUGUUGCUGAUGGUUUUGUUUGCUUUCUUAUAUCAUGGAAAGGCUUUAAAAAAAAAAAAAAAAGCAAAAUCAGUCUUUCAGUCACAGAGUCGCGCGUAGGUAUUUUGAGAGUUUUUUGGGUUGGAUCAAGUGUUUUUUACAUGCUUCUAACUCAGUAAGUCCACGCCACACAAACUCAAAACUUCCAUAUAAAACCCCGGACAUUUACAGGACAGCCCCCCAAAAAGAGGACAUGUUUGGUUAAAAGAGGGCGUAUGGUCACCCUAGAUAUAAUGCUAAUUUUGACAUGAGCUGAUUGGAUGCAAUGGAAGGUAAUCAGUUGGAUUGAUAGCUGAUAUUGGCUGGCAUUUACUCAACUGAUGUGUUGUGGGCUAAUCUUGACUUGUUGCCUGCCUGGACUAACACUCUACCAAGUGAAAUUCAAACUACAAAACCAAUGUUAUGUUUUUGUGGGAUCAAUAGAAAAGGACAAAGGUAUGAUGACAUCUGAGCAUUGUUUUAGCGCUCUUAAUGGACUGGCAACAUAAAAAGGGCUUCAGCCUUUAAAACCAGUGCAACACAGUCCAACAUACGGGUAACUUCUUGCUGUUCUAGCAUCAGAUUUAUGUAGUUAAAGGCCUACAUUUAUUCUUAUGUUAGAUAAAAAUCUUCCAGAAAAAUACAUUACAUACAUGCUUACAUAGCUUGCCAGUGGCCUGCUAAUGACAGGAAUUUAUUCAUAAGGACAUUAUCCCAGGCAUUUUGCUCUUCCUAUAGGUCUCUGUCUCCACAUUUUAGUCCUGCAUUCUAUCUUGGCGUAUUCCCACAGUUGUACUUACUGUAUCUGGCUCCCCUCAUCUCUGAAUCAUUGGGUUUCACAGGCUGUGUAACUCAAGCACACCUCCUAGUAAGAGGACAGAGUUUCAUACAAGACUCUGUAGUAGCAAUGGAAUCAAUUUUUGCAUCAUCCUAGAGAGUGUGUGUUUGUGUGGAUUUGUGAGAGCAGAGGCUUGCAGGAGAGUUGCAUGACUAUGGCUUACAAAAUCAUUAUUAUUCUGUCAAUAUUAUGAAGAGAUUAUGAAGAUAGGUAAAGGUCACUUAUCUUUGUUAUCUAAAUGACAAUGAGACUUUCUCUCAAGAUCCCUUUCUCAAACUGGGACUCUGCAAAUUCAUGCUUCUCAUGAACCAUCAUGUAAAAAAGCAUUCGACCAGGUGAAGUAUUUUUAACUUGUAUGUUCUGUAUGCACUUUGAGACAAAAUUUGGUAACGUAACAUUAAAGCACAUGGACACAUGAUUGUGUCAUCUCGGGAUUGGUGUUGCUUCAAAUGAUUGAAACAAUGAAAUCAGCCAAAGUUACUGGGCCCUUAUUUCUCAGACUUUGUGUUAGAGACACACACAAAAAAAAUCAAAGCCAAGAUGUUUUUUUCCAAUUUCUCCAAACUUGACUAAUUCCCUUCUUCCUGUCUCUCCAGCGGACGUACACUUUGAUCGUUGAGGCCUUUGACUGGGACAACGGCACACGAAACAGUAAGUCCAAAAUUCACUCAUAUGUCAGUGUACAAGCGUAAAAAUUGUGUUACUUCUGUUGGCUUCUGCUGAUGGGAAUAAAAGUGGUCAGUAACCUAAAAGGAUUUUCUCUUUGUUUAUUUGUAAGCUUCUGCCGGCUAGCUGUCUAGUUCUAUGUCCUACAAAGAUGCAAUGACCAGCAGAGGUCUAUUUUGUAAUGCAUAGUGGUGGGGCAAUUCGGCUAGUCCGACAGAAUUCGAAUUGGUUUGAUUCAUCUUUCUUUUAGAUCCAGCUUCUUAGAUUUGACUGCCUUCCUGGGCUUAAUUGGUACAAACUGAAUGUCUGUAGUUUUAACCAUUUGCUGGAUGGCUCUCAUGAAUCAGCAAAUUUGUUUGGAAGGCAUAAGGAUAAAACCAUAAAAAAUAAAGAUUAGUCAUUGAUUUAGGAUGGCUGUAAUCAAUCACUGACUUUGGGACAUGAUACCGUAUGAUGCAAUGCACUACGAUAUGAUAAGGUACAAUAAUAUGUAUGGUAAAAAUCUCAGUGCUGGGUUCACAAAACAAUUUCUCAACUUUAUAUGGAGGUUGUAAGAAGUGGUUCCUAGAACUGUGAUCUGUGAUGUUGCUUUUUUACUGCCUCAAGUUCAGGCUACUUUUUUUCCACUUUGGUUACAAACAUGCCUUUAUUUUGAAAGUACACAAAGGGACUUCCCCUAGAUUGUAAAAUUACAAGAUUAGAUUAAAACAGCUAAAAGAAAAAUCAAUAGUCAAAAAUAGUUAUCAUCUUCAUCUGCUACAAAUGUAUGACAUGUAAUGAUGCCAAACAUGGAAAGCCAGAGACAGAAAGCCUCCUCGACUGAUUAAAAAAGUAUCAACAGUCAUGUUUUUUAAUCUCAAUCAUUUUCAUCAGACACUAGUUCGUUUUGGGUAUUCAAAAGGGGAAAAGGGUGAGAUUGUGUUCUUGCAUGGAGACUUUCAGUGCAGUUUUAAUGUAUAUGUGCAGCUCUCGCUACCCUGCCAGCUUCUGUAUGGUAGCUUAGCUAAGCGGUAGCAGUGUUGUCAGUAAGGGUUGGAUGGAUUGACUGCCAGAACCAAUUCACUCAUAACACCCCUCUUUCAGUAACUUAUUGUUUUAACACAAAAUUGACCUGAUGGCAUGAUUUUCUUUAAAGGCAUGAUUAUAACUGAAUGAGGGAGACAAACUGGCACAUCUAGACUCAGCUGCCUCACAUACUUGGCACAUUAAAAAGCUGUCUUGCUGAUUGAAGCGCCAUCUUUUGGGUAAGAUGUUGUAACACAGUAGACCACUUCUCCCUGCCUUUUAUACUGCUGUAUUGGUUGCAUUGUUGCAUAGAACACAGUUUGCUUUUCAGGUAAAUAGGUGCGUCUUAUACAUCAGACUUUUUCAAAUAUAAAAAGUGUAAGCUGCAGCCCACACAUAAUUGAGUUGUGGGUAUAUAGGCCUUCCUGUGCACAACAGUAAAUCAGUUACACCUCACUUACAGAGACCUAAUUGAAUGUGUCUAACCUCUCUAGGUAGCAGGUUGAAAGCAUGCUGUACUGUAAAGAUGCUUCAUAUAGAACAGUCUGUGGUUCUCUUUUAGCAAUGCAGACUACGACUUGGCUAGUUGUGACCAGCUGUAUCCUGUUUUCCUUUGCUUAUGUCCGCUGGGUGGACUCCUGUACAACCCUCUUUCCCGUCUGAGAGCAGUAGCUGAGUCUGGGAGGAAGAGGACCCAUUCAGGUCUAUAAUGUCUGAAUGUGCGGACUUAGCUUUGAUCUGCAGGGACAGUGGCAUAUUUCACAUGUCUUUACAAUACCUCUCUGUAUGUUCAGGCAUAUACAUGAAUGCAUUUAUAAACUGGACCGCUUCGUCUGAUCCAGUCCGAGCUUGUUCCUUAUUUAUAUGAGGUCAUUACAUCCUGUUUUGUCCAUAACAUCAAACGCACUUCCACUUAUGAAUGCAGACAAUGGGGAAGAAAUAGAUUUGACAUCACAGCUCUUUGAUUAGACUGCUGCAGCCCUGUGGAGUCUCUGAUUGUGCCCCAGGUCUGCUGUAAUUGUGUGCAUUUACAGUAAUUAGUUCUGAUGGUUCUGAUGGAUGCAAGGCCAGGGUGUCGUUUGAUGAACCAGCCAAUUGAGUCUCUGCCAACUUGUCAGUCUUAGCCAGCGAGAUAGAUGCACUUUGAGUGUUUAGACACAGGGUGAAAGCAAGACCAGCUCUACCACAUUCAGUCAUUUCAUGGAUACAAGAGCAAGAAAGAUCCUCCUUUUUUUAUUCUGCCUCAAAGUCGAUCAAGUUGAUAACAGGGAGCUCAGGCAGGUUGGAUUCUUCUUUUGUUCAAAAGCUCCCUGAGUCUUCCUUUAGGUCACAGACAUCAGCUGACUGCAUCCGUGAUGUCAUGAGUUCAAGGAAACCAAACCUCAGGAACAAAUGCUUCUUUUAACCCUGUGUGGGAGAUAAUAAUCUCCCCCUGGUGUCAAACCUCCAGGGUCAAAGUGAGGAGAUGCACAGGUUGUAGACUGAAGGCUGCAGGUGGGACAGGUCUGCAACAUGGAUUUUGUUUUUGAGGUACAUUAAACAUGGACUUACUCUCAAUAGUGCCAUCAAUUGGUUUCCAAAAAGGCGUUGUGAAGCAGAAAGAUGUAAACCAUGACACUCUGAAAGGGCCAAAAAUAUCUCUUAUUUGGUGGAUUUAUGGCUGAAGUUAGGGCAUGGCUCCAAGAAGCUUUUCUGUUAGUGUCAUUGAGCCACAGUCACCUCUCUGUAGCAGCCUCAUGUCAAAUGUAAAUUGUUGUUAAGGCCUGAAGUGUGUGCUGAUUUUGGGGCAUGUUCAGGCCCUUAAAAAUGAUGUAUUAUAAAAGGGGAGAGUGCAGCAGAUCUAGAUUGAAGCGCAGACCCUGAUUGACAGACCAAACCCUGUCAGACUGUGGAUCUUCUCAUAAGUCCUGAGUCAGCAGCAGCAGCCUCUUGUCUCGUCCUACGUAAGAGCUCUCCAGUGAGUGAGUCUGUCUGUCAGUGAGAUUGCUCUCCUCCAGCGUCACGUCCUCCAGUGUACCUCUCAUCCCUUCCCCCCUGUGUCCUCAGGAAAGGCGGCCGGCUGUUUUCCUUGUGUUUAUCGAGCAGGAAGUGGAGUGGACUGGGCGGCCCGGCUCAGUGUUUAGACACCGAUGCAGCAGAGCCGCUCAGGCCUGGGGCCCAUUGUUCUCUAUCUGGCAACGACCGGGGGUUAUUUCUGUUAUUGUUGCUUAAUUCAGUCAGACAUUGUGUCAGUCCCCAGCAGAGGAAGGUGUGUGUGUGUGUGUGUGUGUGUGUAUUCCUGCUUGCUCUCUUCUACAUGUCCAUGGUGCAUUGCAGCCUAAAGCCAUGGAGGAGAGGAAAUCACAGACCCCCUCUCUGCACACAGAUUGUUUGCCAGUUUUGAUCCCACUGUGAUAAAGAUUGCUUUCUUUUUGGAGGCCGGCACUGCAGCAAGCCCCACAGACGAAGAGCAACAUUCAAUGUGAGUGCUGCUGUGCCGAAGGCUAAAUGGUAGCAACCUCUCAUGACAUGACGGUGCACAUACAGAGAGCUGCUUAAUGUGUCCCAUCUCCAGGAAAAAAAGAUCAAUUUGCAGGCAAUGAAUCUCAAUUGCAUGCUUAAAAUUCAGAGGGUACCUUGCACACACACUUUUUGGUAUCAUAGCAUCUGUCUGCUGAAUAGGAAUGUGCAGCACAGUCUUGUAAAGAAGUGGUUUAACUGCAGAAUAAAAGACAAAGUCAGUUUCAAAAAAAUCAAUGAUACGGCUUCUUUCCAGGAGCAUGAGUGAUCAUGUUGAGGUUUCAUUUAUCCGGUCCACCAUUCAGAUCAGAACAAAGUAUGAGCAGUUUUUGAUUGGAUUUGACUGAUGAGUCUCCGUCUGUUCUGGUUUCAGAUGAGCAGGAGCUGUUGAUUGAACGUGGCACUCACACAGGUAUGAUCAACCCCGGGGACCCCUGGCAGACCAUCCGGCAUGACGGACCAGUGGCUCGCCUCAUAUAUCGUAUCAGGGUACGGUGUGAUGAAAACUACUACAGCAGCAAGUGCAAUAAGCUGUGCGUCCCCCGUGAUGACUACUUUGGUCACUACCGCUGUGAGGCUUCAGGGAACAGGGUGUGUCUGGACGGCUGGAUGGGCACGGACUGCAAGACAGGUGAGCUGCUAUCUUAUCUUUUAUAGUCCAAGCUGUGUCUUACAAACGGGGAGGAAGUGCGUCGUGAUCUCCCUGCAUGUGUUAGACAGCAGCAUCGAGGUUGUGCUUGUGGUUGGUGUCUGAGAGAGUGGGAGGCCUUAAUAAAUCACCACACUGACCGUGGAAGACGAAGGGUGAAAGGAGGAGGGAAGAAGAGAGAGGCUGGCUUGUUUUAAGAGGAGGGGGAGUGUUGUACAUGCAGGCUAUAAAGUUGUCCCGUCUUAAACACCCCUCAACCCCCUCCAUCCCUGUCAGGGUGCCAUGAAUUCUUGUUGCACUUGUUAGAAAGAUGGUAAAUAAACCUGCUCUUCCUCCUAUCUCAUCUCCCUGCCCUCUCUGGUCCUGUGUUUAUAAGAAUUAUAAGGAAAUGCAUUGAGACGUGUUUCCCAGCUGAAUUAUCCUUUUUCUUUUUUUCUCAGCGAUCUGCAGGCAAGGCUGCAACCUACUACAUGGCGGCUGCGCUAUCCCAGGAGAGUGCAAGUAAGUCCAGCUUGAAAAUACUCUCUCUUUGGUAUUUAUGGUCUUUCAUGUACUGCUACAACAAAUUUUGUGCUUCUUUUUUAGACCUGUCUCGAGUGCAUGUAAUUCUAGGCUCACUUUUUUUGCAGAAAACACAGCUGUAGUCAUUAAAAUUUGGUCUCCAAAGUGCAAAAGCUGCUCUCUGUUAUAGAGAAGGUGGUGAUUGUAAAGGAAAACAUUGUUGAAGGUUUUCUUAAAGAGAAGGUUACUGUGGGAAGAAGAGCAAAGAUGGUUCAAAGUAGGAGAAAAAGGCGAUUACUGUAACAGAAGAGGUGGGAUCUGUAAGAAAGAGGUGGAUAAAUGUGGAUAAAAGAGGAUAGAUGUGGCAGAAAAAAAGUUUUUGUGUCAGAAAAAGUUUCUGUUUUUGUAAAUUAGAAGGGGCUAAAUGUGGUUUAUGCAACUGAGAGGGUGAUAACUGUGACAGAAAAGGGAUAUUUGCAAAGAAAUUAAGGGCUGUGAUCAAAAAGAUGUUUUGUGUAAGAGAAAGUGCUCUUACUUGAUGAAAGACGGUGUUUUUCCAUUACAAGAAACUUGUCUCUGUGUUAAGAAGUUGGUUUCUGUUUCAAAGAAGAUAUAUUUAUAUUCAUUGAUGGGGCUACUUGAGGAGAAAAGUGUUCGUGUGUUCAGAAGUCCACAAAACACUGAGUAAAAUAAGCAAAAGAAAUCAGAGAAGUUGGUACCCAGAUGCCAAAUAGAAACACCUCCACUUGUCGUGGCCUGUUGUUUUUCACUUCAGCCUCUUUCUUCCCUCGUGGGCAUCUCCACCUCUCUUCAGAGGGAAAGGGCAACACUGCACCUGCCUUUAUGUAUUUUUAGCCACCUGAAAUCCUCUGUAGAAUACCAAGCACCUCUCGAGCUCGGACUGAAUAAAAGGGAGUGUUCGGAGUGUGAAUUUGACCACUGUAAACGUGCUAGGAAUGGUCAUAUCCCCUCCCCAUCUGCAUUGCAGUGCUCCUUGAAGGGCAGGGGGCAAAGAAAGGAAAUGAAUCUCCCACUGUGUUCUGUGCUUUUCCCCCCAAAGGUGGAAAUAGAUAAAGUGACGUAGAAUGGUCCCAACAGGUCCACAUUUCAGGAUGUGGAACAUCCCUUCGUCAUUUGUAAACCCCCUCCCUCCUAUCUGCCAGAUGCACGGAGACACUCACCUCCCACGAUGAGGAAGAAGAGUUUUGCCCAGAGCCGCACAAAAACAGGGGAUGACCAGUUUUAGGAAACUGCCUCACAUAUUUUCAUGUCUGUUCGGAUGAGUAGUCUGCAUCCUUAUUCCACUCAGCAGAUAGACAACAGCGGGAAGCACCUUAUUCCUUCAAAAACGUCAAGCCCCAGUCAACAGGAAAAGUGACAUGAAUAGAAAAGCAGCAGCAGAAGAAGAAGAGGAAUCUUCCUGCAGCGGCAUGAAUUUAAAGAAGCCUCAGGUCACGAAAGCUGGCGUUAAAUCCCUCGCCAGCUCUCCUUUUUAUUCCCUCUAUUUCAUCACAGCUUUAUGGGCCGUGCCCUGUCCGCCGGCGCCUUUGUAAGAAUCACAAAAGCUGCUAUGUGCCUGUUGUAACACUGCUGAUUGAGGCUUUUUAUUAGAAAACAUUAGGCUUGUUCUAACAUAUUUCUUCAAGGCUUGCCAUGUCUUUCAGAACCUUUUUAGUUCAAGGCAUUUUCACCACUCUCAACCAUUUUCAAAGCUGUAGAUUUACGUAUUAGACUCAAGUUUCAUUCAGUCUUCACCUGUAAGUGGUUGGUGAGUGAUUAUGAUGUCAAUGUGACUAAAAAUUAACCCUCAUGACGUGUCUUUCAAUCCCUUCAAGCCGAAAAAGCAGUUAUCAGCUCUCCUUGCCAAAGCCCUGUUAGCGUUAUUGCUACAUUGCUGUCAGACCCUCUGAAGCUAAUCAUAUACAGUGAAGGAAGCAUGUCAAGUAUCCCCCCCCCCUUCCUUCAGCUCUUCACAGAGACAGCGGUGCCGUCUGCAGGAGCCUCAAAAUAGCAGUCAAUUGACAAGACAGCUGGGGCGACGAGACCGCAGCCUUGGAAUAGCCAAGCGCCGUCGUGAAGCAGCAGUCGUGUGCGCGUACACACCGUGUAUACACACAGCCGUCUCUCAGAAACGCAAUGCCACCCUCUCGGUCCUUAGCCCCAGACUCAAACCCAGAGCACAGGGAGCCGGUGGAAGUAUUCUUAACCCCUCCUGCCCUGGAAUGUCACUCUCUGCUAAGAUUAGUAUGCAAAAGGCCUUUGGGUGGGACGACGCAGAUACACAGAGAGGUGUGUUUCCACUGCCAGCCAGGUUGAGAUCCACAGUGAUUUAGAAGUUAGCAAGAACACCAAAUACAAAGUAAGAACUAAAAGAUCUAAUGUCGAAAAUAUCAAGUAGGAGGAUUUAGGACAACAUUAACAAUACACAUGCAUGUAGUACACAGUACAUCCUCAAAACUCCUGAAAAAAUUCCUGACAUUUUCAGGAUUGGCAGCUAUGUCAAUUUUUCCAAUGAAAAUGAUGACGAUAACUUUAUUUAAAGCACAUAAUUUUCAUGACUAAAUAGAGACGAUGAUAGAAAACAUAAGUGGAUAUGGGAGGGCUUGUCUCAGGACGGUCUUGUCUCACCUUGCAGGGUUCAGAUAAGAAUCUGAGGAGGACCUCACCAGCUCUGCAGUCCUUGCAGGAUAGAAAGUUGCUCCUCUCUACUCUAGUUUAGAUGUCCCCUUAGGCUGCUGUCUUGUCUUUCUAACGUCUUGUUUAAAUUAAUAAAUGGUUAACAAAAAAAAAACAAAAACUGAUGAUACUCCCAAACUCUAAAGAUGAGUCUGAGAUGAAAACAAAUAUUUUGCCACAGUGUCAACAGCCAGAGGUGAAAUGUGCCCUAACGCCGUGGAUCGAUAUGAAAGGACAAAACAUAUGUGACCAGGUUGUCCCUGGUGUUGCUUUUGCUGGGGAUUUUUGACCAGUCAGAAUAAAGUGUCUCACAAAGCUGGGUACUAGUAACAAAAAUAAACAUUAAAGCUCCUGUGAGGAUUUUUAAUUUAGGAAACCGGAAAUGAACAGUGAUGUAUUGUAGUUUUUCAUGUCUGAAACUGCUGUGAGGGGUAAGGUAUACGUAAUAGCCUGUCCCCCCACAGGGGGCACCAGAAUCAAAACACAGACCUAAAGUUACUUACCGCAACUUUAAUAAAAAUACCUCUUACCUUCAUAACCACAUUAUUAACAUUAUUAAUAUUAUUAAUAAUUAUUAUUAACACAUCAUUUAACAUUUGUGUGUAAGCUAGAGGAAAAAAGCUACAAAAUCAACAUGCCAGACGAUGAUGUCGUAGUUCUGGAGAGAGAGAAAGUAAAGGUAGUUUAGUGUAAGUGUGUGAUAUUUUAUUUCAUGCUGUGUUGUCUGUGUCUGACAGGUGUAGCUAUGGCUGGCAGGGCCAUUUCUGUGACGAAUGCAUGCUGUAUCCCGGCUGUGUCCAUGGGACCUGCGACAUGCCAUGGCAGUGUAACUGUGAGAGGAACUGGGGAGGUCUGCUGUGUGAUAAAGGUAAGGAAAUGUGCUUUUUUCCACUCUUGGUCUGUUUGUUUUUGAUGAUAUUUCAUCACCUCCCACGCAAGACACUGGCAGAGUCCCCACUCUCAUCAUGCUGAACAUCCCUUUCAGCUACAGUUUCCUGUAUCUGAUGAGUAACAAGUGAGCAAGAGAUGAGACAGAAAUGACUCCUGAAGACGCAGCAUCUCUCUGUGAAAAAUACUGCAACAGUCCUCAGCCUGUCUGUAACUUUUAAUUGGCUCAGGGUUUAGUCACUUUUUUGCUUGUAGCAUCAGGCUGAAGAGUCAAACAUGUGAAGCAUCACAUUUUAAGAGCACCUGAGUGAUUUUUCCACUUUUUGUGUGCAGUUGAAGUAGCUACUACAGUGUUGAACAAUUCAAGAUUUGGGCUUGUCCUGUGAUUUAAAGUUCUAAAAAGAAAUUUUCAGGAGUUAAAGCUCCUGUGGGGAGUUUUUUGACAUUUAUAGAAUAGACUGAAAUUCAUUUUGAUGCUUGUUUGAUAUACAAAAUUAAACACGACCAUCAGCAGCAAGACUGAUGAUUCAUGUGUUGUAAUUUGAAACACCUGAGACUAAUACGAGAGGGGAAGUGUCGGCCAAGCAGCUGAAGAAACAGCGCUGUUAUUAAAAUAACUAUGAUAAGUGAUACAGUUGACUUUCAAAAGGCAGCAGAAUGAGAUGUUUGGUCAGAAGAAACUCCUUCAGCAUCCAAAGGACAAGGUAACUGAAGGCUGCCUUGUCCACAAGGGGCACCAUUGACAAAAACUGAAAGUUCCCUACAGAAGGCGGAGCUGGUGUGAGCUUGUAGCCUCCCGGCAAACAGCUACGACAACACACCUGUCAAUCAACUGAGCCACGCCCCGAUAAUGAAAACCUAUGAAGAAUUUGUUGCCUUCUCAUCCUCUCUAUAAAUGCGUAUUUAUGAAUACACCUCCACGCAUUGUGUACCAACCAGUGCUGCUGAGUCAGCAAACCUGGAGUCUGAAUCAAGUGUAGGUCACCAAAGAUGAAUCCAGGUCGAGUCAGAGUCAUGUCCAAGUUUUCAACAUAAAUCUUAUUAUUCAUCAUAAAUAGGGUGGCUGUUAACUCCAAACUUUUUCCUGUAUCACUUGGACUUGGAUUUAAGUCAUAGAUAUAAGAACUAGGCCUAUAAUUCUCGUUCUGCUAUAGGCAGCAGUUUUACACCACAGGUAACAUUGAUUUUAGGUGUAUAUGAUGCGUUUGUUGUAAGUAAACAUGCACUGAUAAAUUGGCAGGCCAAUCGAUCAGCACCGAUUUCCUCAGUUUUGGGGGAUUGGUGAUCGGCUGAUCCUUACAUAUGAAACCGAUUUUAUCCACCGAUCUUAUCUACCUCAGCAAAGGUCUGAAAGUCAGCCGUUGUAGCCGUUGUACUUAACUUACUUCCUCAAACCUUGUGAUUUUCUUUAUUUCUAAAAGCAAGAUGUCAGCGAAUAAGUUAGUAGAAAAAACAAACAUCAGAGUAAGAAAAUGAAAUUCAUCAGCUGCUGAUCUGAGAGAGAAUUUUUUCAUAGUUUCUGACUAAUUUUUUUUUUUCACAAAUAAGAAAUACAUGACAUUAAACAGAUUUGUUUUAGUAUUUAAGAGUUUCCAUGAUUAAAUAUUUCCAUGCUCUUCGUUAACACAGGAGUUAACACACAUUCACAUUAGACCUGACUCCUCUCUGCUCCACUGUGAGAGGAGAACAGCAGCUGGAUAGUUUUACUGCCUGUGAGACCCGAGCAGCAGCAGAGACACUCGAUCUGCUCUCGUCUCUUCGUCACUGAGGGCUCUUUGGGGGAUGAGAACGGGUCCGAAGAUCCCAGGUGGAGACAGAUCCCUGCUCUUUUAUUUACCAGCCUGUAUGCAGAGCUGGCCUUUAAGCCUGAGGAGAGUGAGCUGGGAUCACUUAGUUUAGUGGAGUUUGUAAAACAGAUGGACAAAAAACACUGGACAUAUAAAGGUCUUACAGUGCAUUUCAGUAAAAAACAAAUUUCCACAAAGUUAGGGGUCUUAGCCUUGAUGAUAAAUGCAGAUUAACGUGUAUCAUAGUGGGCUGAUUCCUCAAGACUCUCAAAACCCCAAAAAGAGCAAAUGACUGUGAUCUGCUGAUGUGACGUGCUGCCUCAUACUGUUCAUUUCCUGUCAGAUCUCAAUUACUGCGGUCGACACCAGCCUUGUGUAAACGGAGGGACCUGCAUGAACCCUGAACCGGACGAGUAUUUCUGCACCUGUCCACAGGGAUACUCUGGAAAGACCUGCCAGAUUGGUGAGAGACCAUUUUUAUAAGGAUGGGUCUUUAGUGCAUUCAUUAAAUGCACAAAAAGCCUUGUCAGUGUUGACCUCCUUCCCCUUAUUUCAUCACCUUGAACAUGUGAAGAUAAAGAAUAUUUUGACCAUUAAUGCGCCAGUGUGGGAGUCACCUUGUUAACUUCUUUCUGGGACAAAAGUUAAAGUUCAGUUUGGUUUUCUGUCAUUCUUGACGAGUUAAAGAGGAAGUGUUUGGCUGGGGUUUUCAUGGAGCAAAUACAAGAGCAGUGUCCGAGUAGAUUGAUAGUUUCUGAAAUACUCGGACCAGCCCAUGUGGCACCAACAACCAGAGUCACUUUAACCCUUUCCUUCAUCAUUUUUAUACUUAGUUUGAAAUUCAGCAAACCCUCUUGACCACAUCUACAUGCCGAGAUGCAUUGAGUUGCUGCCAUGUGAUUUCUUGAUUAGCUAUUUGGUAAAUAGUUGAACCUAAUUAAGUGAACGGUGUUAAUGACAACAAUGCGUUUCUCUCUUCUGACUGCACCCGUCUUUCUACCAGCUGAGCACGCCUGCACGUCCAAUCCCUGUGCUAACGGUGGGACUUGUCAUGAAGUGGACACAGGGUUUGAGUGCCAGUGUCCACCAGGCUGGGAGGGUCCCACCUGUGCUAACAGUGAGUGACAUGCUCUAUUUACAUUUGAAUAAACUCUGAAUAAGGUUCAACGCUUUAUUAAGCUGUGAUGAAAAGAAGUCAGAAAUAAGUUGAUGUGUGUUUUCUCAGAUUUGGACGAGUGUGCCUCCAAUCCCUGUACUGAGGGAGGGACCUGUAUCGACCUGGAGGACGGUUUUGAGUGCAGGUGCCCUCCACAGUGGGAGGGGAAGACAUGUCAGAUCGGUAAGACACAAUUAUAGUUUCUGUAGAAAGACAUGUGUUGCAGUUAUUUCUUUCCUGUUUUUGCACUGUGUUAACUAAAUAAAAAUCCUCUGGGAUCCAGUUCAAGUGCAGCCCUCUGCUCAGGAUAACUGUAUUCAGAGAUUUAAACAUGCAACCAUCAACCUGACUCUGUCUGCCAGAGUACAAGCCGUCAAUAUCCUGCCUGAGCUGGCAGCUGCUCUGCCGCCUUUUUUUCCUCAAUGACUUUAUGAGUCGCGAGUGAGCGCGUCUAUAUCUGGCUGUUUGUUUGUCGCUGAUGGUAGCAUUCAUUUCCAUGUACCCACCACCCCGACAAGCGGACGUGACUAACGUGAAGCCAGGAAAUGGAUUACGAGCAGUAAACAAAGUUGGGUUGUGUGUGUGUGUGCGUGCGUGUGCAUGUGUGUGUGGAGGCAGAGGGGUUGGAGGUAGGAAAGAGAUCCAGGAGUUCAGUGUCACCUUACCAGCUCAGGUCUCAGCUUUCAGGCAGGCACUGGCCUCCUGUCUUACCUGAUGAUUGUGUGUGUGUGUGUGUGUGUGUGUGUGUGUGUGUGUGUGUGUGUGUGUGUGUGUGUGUGUGUGUGUGUGUGUGUGUGUGUGUGUGUGUGUGUGUGUGUGUGUGUGCGCGCGCGCGCGCGCUUAGAGUUUAAGGUUUCAGAGACAGGUGUGUGAGUGAACACAGCAGGACUCCCUGCAGACUGCCCCCCUUUUGAAUAUUUGAGCAGCUCUGUUUUUCUUUCUAGUUUCAGCUCUUAAAUUUAAGCGUUAGCUUUGCCUCAAAGAUGGAUUUCUGGUGUCUUUUCUGUCUCUUUGUUCCUUUCUUGGUUUAUUUCAAAUGAUGGACUCGGUUUCCUUCUACGUCCUGCCUUUACAGAUGCAAAUGAGUGUACAAGGAAACCCUGCGUGAACGCUUACUCUUGCAAAAAUACGAUUGGCGGCUAUUACUGCGACUGUUUUCGGGGAUGGUCCGGACAAAACUGUGACAUCAGUCAGUAUUUCUUCCUUUUGAGAAAGUCACCUCUAAAUUUCCUGUCCUUCACUCGCGCCUAUUUUUCUUAUUCUGGCUAACUUCAAAAGGCCUCCUUUCACUCAUUGGACACAGAACAUUGGUGUAGUUUUCCUCACUUCCCCACAUGUGGUAACCCGCCUCUUUCUCACCCUGGCAAAAUGAACCUCCAACUUUGUCAUCAUGACUGAACUUGCAUGACCAUUUUUGAUCUCUGGAUCCAGUGCAUGCAGGUUACAACCUUUACAGUCUAUCUGGCACUUUCUUGGCUUCACUAGUUUAUUCUUUUCCUUCUUUGACUUGAUCUCUGCACAACCCAUACCGAAAAAUGCACCUUAUUAUGAACAAUAAUGAUAAACACAGCAAGAAAUAGUCCCUACUUUCCUGUUUGUAAUCUGUAAUAGAUGGUUGCAAUUAUUAAUAUCCUUUUCCUUUUCAGACAUGAACAGCUGUCACGGUCAGUGCAAGAAUGGAGCAACAUGCACGGUAUGGAUAUUCAACAUUUAAGCACCCAUGAUAUCUAAAUAGAUGUCAUUUUGUGGGAGUUCUUUGAUAUUCAAGGUGUGGCAGUUAUUAAAAAUCAGCUUGCAAAGAACUAGUUAUGAAGACAGAAAUCUUUGGACUGGUAUUAUGAUUCUCAAAUUUGCUGUGUGUCCCAUCUGUCAACAUGGAGGAACUAGGCUUUAGUACCUAACCCGUAUUCAACUAGAACAGGUACUGAGGGAGCUCCAGGUGUGUUGACUUGAAUUUGAGAGCUGCCAUGUUGUCCACUUUUCAUGCUAUUGAUGGUUGUGGUCCUGUUUGUGAUCUCGAUCACGAUGCACCAAAACUGAUCAUUUUUGGUACAACAAGGCUGAAGAUUUGAGAUAUUGUGGUUGCUGCGAACUCCUUUUAAUAUUAGUGAUACCAGUGUCCUUCUAAGUAUUAGAUGCAUGUUAAUCUGGAAGCACUCUGCUAACGAUUUUAAAGGCACUUAAAUCUACAGUGUAAUCCACAGAUGGACCAAAAUAGCAGCUGUGUUUAAUAGCCAAAGGCGUUACCACCCCACUGUUGCCCUUCAGCUCAUCACCUUCCUCUGUAUUUUUUUCCUUCUCCAGGAGAGUUUGAAGGGUUACCACUGCCAGUGUCCUUCAGGUUUCGUUGGCACUCACUGUGAGAUCCAGAGGAAUAAAUGCGAGAGCAAACCGUGCCAGAACGGAGGGCAGUGUCACACAGUGCUGGACAGUUUCGAGUGCCAGUGCCUACCAGGGUUUACUGGACAGCUGUGUGAGGUGAGUCUCAUGUUGCACUGAUCACAGUUCUGGAUUACUGCAUUAAUAGUGAUACAUAUUGAGAUAUUGGUGCCAGACGUUUUAUUAAUAUCUGUUGGCUUAAGCUGUGACAUGUUACACAUCUUAUUCCCUGAAGACUGGAUGUUUUACUAAAAAGGUUAUAGUAAUAGAAGGAGGAGCUUCAGGUAAACAAACUUCAUGCAUUUAAAGCAGUAAAAGCAGACCACCACCCACAGGGAGACGGAUAAUUCCUUUAAUCUUCCUCAAAGUUGUAAAGCAUGUAACUCACCCAAUAAGCCCUGUGCAGCUUUGAUUCAAGGCUAUUGUUAUUGUUGAUAAUCUCAGACACAUUACAUGGCUUUGUCCUUGUUGCAGGCUUUUCUACUCUAAGUAAAGUGUGUGUUUGGAGAUAAUGUAGGUUAGCCGUGAGGAAACCGACACUCCCCUGCAUCUCUUGGGCCCUGAAUGGAGGACAUUGCUGGUCAGGAGCCAGUCCUGUUUUAGCAUCUCUACUAUAAAUACGAGCCUGUCUGAAUGAGGUGACGCUGGAUUUCUGCCCACAUACUACACAGCUCUGAAGCCUGCUAUGGCAUGGUGUGCAUUCCUGCCCUGCAGUGCCAAAUCUAUAACGCCUCCGACUUCAUAUUUCUCUGAUUAGUAUCUUCUCUCCAGUCCAUGAAAUUUGAUUGUGUAAUGGUGUUCAGAUCCAUCCUGGUCUCAGUGAUUUCUUUCAAGGAAAUAAGGACAAUUUUAUUCCCAGCAGAGAUGCCAGAUUUACUCUGUUAGCAGGUCCAAAAGUUUGGUCCAGAUAGAAAUAUAUUCUCAGCUAAUAAAUAGAUCACAGUGAAACUUGAUACAUUUAUGAUCCCACAGAGAGACCAGGACCCCUUCUGCUCUCUUUAUCAGGAUCCUAAUUUGCAAAACCACCCAUUUACAAUAUAUUAUCCCUUGUAUUCCCUGGCUGCCAAUGAAAAACAUGUAUAUAUAAAUAAACAUAUAAUAUUUAUAGACAUAAUGAUUUAUUGGUUAAAGCUCCAGUGAGGAAUUUUCAGUUUUUGCUAACUUUGGUGCCCCCUGUGGACAAGCUCUACAUGCUCAAGUAAAAAUCUCAUACUGUUGACUUUUUAUAGUUAAUUAAAUUAAUUAUUUUGGAUAUUUCCAGGGAUCUUUUUCAAACAGGGCUGUUUUUACAGCUGCUAAGUUGCCACAUACUCCCUCGCACCACUUACAGGCUUUAAAAUUUACACCAUUAAAAUAUUCAGUCUUGUUGCCGAUGUUUUUGUUUGCUUUAAUUUAUAGUAAAAAAGGCAUAAACAUGAAUUUCAGUCUGUUUGAUAAAAGCUUUGAAAAAUCCUCACAGGAGCUUUAAAGAGGAUGUUUUUAUUCAGCAAUGUUAAAAUACUGGUCUGCUUCUUUGUUAUGAUUCACAUAAGACUGAACAUAGACAGUGAUGUUAGACAAGGUGAACAGGACUUCUUUACAUCAACACAUCUUAGCUCUGUGGUUGACACACCUUUAAACAUAAAUAAGACAGACGUCACAACUCUAAACAGAGUUGAUAUCACUGCUGUUAGGUGGGGUUUGAGUUGCUGUUUACUGAUCAGCAAGUCAGAGACACACUGGGGACCAGUCACUCUUCAUGCUGCUUUUCACAGUAGUGCAGGUAACUGCCAUGAUUUCCCAACUCAAAAGACAAAGCUGGCAUUAAAUGUACUAUAAGGAGUUUUUAUCUGGUUGACAAAGACACUGAAACAGAUCCAGGUGCCUGUUCCAAAAGUAAAUGAGACUAUCAGCAAGAAGGCUUUCUCUGGGGUCAUUUUAAAUGCUUAAAACUGGAAAGCCAAAGCCUGAGAUGGGGAGAAAAGUAAAUAUGAUGCUGAAAACGCACGUGGCAUAAAAAAAUGAGGAGCAGGGGUGAAGGUUGGUUGCAAAGCAAUUUUCAGAAGAAGCAGCAACACAGGAAGGUUAAAGCAGUUUAAAUAGACCACCCAAUGUGACAUUUGACAUAUUUAUCACACGUCACAGGAGCUUUUUGUCCUCGAAGGCCACUGUCACUCCACUGGCAGGUUGGGUGAGCGAAGGAGUGUUUCAAUCUGACUUGCAAAAAAAAUAUCCCACUUCUACACACUGUACCUUUUGACAUAGUUGUAAAAAUCACACAUUUAAUUCACAUAUGUGCUCCUGGCCGACCACAGGGUAUUCUUAACCUGUCUGCUGCAGGUUAAAAUAUCUCCUGUGCUGUGUGAACGCUGCAAACACAGACUAAUGUACCCCAAGAUUUAUGGCCCCUCUUGCCCUCAGACACACUCCCCUGACCACACACGUGCAAAUAGUAAAGGAAAAAUGUAUGUGGCCAUGACACUCAGGGUAAAAUAAACUGUGUGUGACCACAGACCUCUCUUACUGCGAACUCUCAUGUUCAGGACCUUAAAUGGCAAAGGGGUGCAAUGAAGGGUUUAUGCACAGUAGGCUUCUGUUAACAUAAACUUGAAGAUUUUUCACUCCAGCUUCUGAUCUUCACAUGUAGAAAGGUCACUUUAGCCUCCAGUUGUGACCUCUUUUUGUCACAGUGGAGUGAUGCGUGAUUUAUCGCUCUGAUUUAUUAUAUUUACCGUGGCUCUGCUUGAGUCCAGAUUGGCUUUUCUCUCCUUGUCUGCUCCGUUUAUGCAGGAUUUGUACCUUAGAAUAAACUUGCAAGUUAUGUAAAAACAAAAGUGUGGAUGCCCUAGAUUGGUUCAGGGACAUCCUAUGCUCAUUUUUCAGCUUUAAUUGCAGUUUUGCUUAUUUUAUUACUGCUGCAGCAUUAUUUGACAAGUUACUGAAGUGAGCUGUUGGUUAAAGGUGAGGGUUUAGGUUUUUUUCUGACACAUAAUAGCAAAAAAACCAUCAGCAACAAGAUUUACAAGUUUAAUAUCCUAAUUGAAUUCAGGUGGUGUGUAAGGUAUACUCUCAGGGCACACUUAGACCACUGGGCCAGCAGUGUAACAGUAGAUUUCCUCUUCUUUUAUUCUCCUUUCAGAUCUCUAGCUGGUCGCCCUCUGAUGCUUGCGAUCCAAACCCCUGUGAAAACGACGCCAAAUGUCACAGCAUGGAGCAGGACUUCUACUGCGCCUGUCCUGAGAGCUACGAGGGAAAGACGUGUGAGCGACUCAGGGAGGACUGCCAAACAAAGCCCUGUCAAGGUACCUGCUGCAGCAAAACCACAUUUAUGAUCAAACCAUUAGGCUCAUAAAAAUGUUUGAAGUCAAACUCUUUUUCUCUCUCUCUUUCAGUGAUUGACAGCUGCACUGUUGCUAUAGCGACCAACGACUCAGCUGGAGUGCGGCACAUCUCGUCCAAUGUCUGCGGCCCACGAGGACGCUGUAUUAGUCAACCAGGUGGAAACUUCACCUGCAUGUGUGACCCAGGAUUCAGCGGUGUCUACUGUCAUGAGAGUACGUCCAGAUCCUCACUGGAAAUCAACUUUUCUUUUAGCCCAACUGUCGUCUUCAUGCUUUGAAUUACAAUUUUGAGUAAUUUUGAGUUGGUCCAUUUUGGUUUCAUUUGAUUGCAUAACUAAGGAGACACAGAAAAAACUUGUGCAGAAGCUAGACAUGCAGCAAAAGACUGUGGUCAAAUAUGAACCAGGCUCUCCUCUGCAAAGGCUAUAGCCUCUGUGCAAAGGAUGCACGACUCAACUACUAGGCCAAAGCAGAGCUUUGACAAGAGGAAUAAACACUUUUUAUUUUACUGUGUACUCAAUCUUUCUCUAAGUCUUUUCUUUCACUUUUUCAGACAUUAAUGACUGCGUCAGUAACUCCUGUAGAAAUGGAGGGACCUGCAUCGAUGGAGUGAACUCGUUCCAGUGCUUCUGUCCUGAUGGCUGGGAGGGUAGACUCUGUGACCUCAGUGAGUUUGUCAUGACAUUUAUCCCGUCACCUUGUCUGGUCUGAGAAGACUAGACAGAAAUUCAAGAACCUGAAAUGAUGAUGAAAGUUGAAAACUUGAUGAAACUUCUUGUAAUGUUAUCAUAUGAAUUCUCCCCAGACGUCAACGAGUGCAGACACAACCCGUGUAAGAACGGCGGCCGCUGCGUGGACCUUGAGAACGACUUCUACUGCGAGUGUGCCAACAACUGGAAGGGCAAGACCUGCCAUUCCCGUGAGUUAUGUCAGCUCUGUGUUAAUGUGUGUGUUUAUGUCUGAAGCAUACUGCACCGUGCUGCACAUCUCUGCAUGUUUAGGCAGCUAUGGUUCUUGUGAAGGUGUGUGACAUCUGUGUUUCCUCAGGUGAAAGCCAGUGUGACCCUACAACCUGCAGUAAUGGAGGCACCUGCUACGACCAUGGAGAUGUGUUCCGCUGUGCCUGCCCACCUGGUUGGGGAGGGAACACCUGCAACACAGGUGAGCGCAUGAAUCCAGAUAUUCAGUUUCUUCAAAUUUGGGUCAAUCUAGACAUUAAAAAACUCCAUCAAACAUCCAAGAAGGGAUUGAAUUUAUUUGUAGAGACCAACAUCGUGGUGAUGUUCAUGUAUUGUUUUGAUAAGGGGUUGUUUUGUUUUUCUUCACCAAUAUAAAUCUUCUUAUGUUUUCCUAAAAAAUUCUGGAAAAUUUCAGGAGCUUUUCCUUUAAAACUCUGAGAGUUGUGUGUUCACACAUGUCCCUCACCUUCACCCCAUUAUCUGGACUGAGUUUUCCUGAAAACAUUUCCUGCACUAAAAUUUGCCAGAUGCAUUGCAGGGAAAUGUGCACAUGAAGUCAAGGCAAAAAUUUCAACAGUUUGUGUUCACACAUGAAGCCCACCUUGAAAAUUUUGGAGAAUUUCCUCUAGUUUUGUGAAAAUAUGGUCCUGUGAUUAUGGCCAACUACUGAAAAGGUCUCUCAGUACGAUCUCAGUCCCUGAAACAGUCUUAUGGAAAUUGCAGAUUAGAUAUUAUCAGGAAGGAAAACUGCAUUUUAUUUAUUUACCUGCAUUUCAUUGGCUGUUUUUGACUAUUUCAUUCUAUUCUCUCACAGCUAAGAACAGCACAUGUGCCUCCAGUCCUUGUUCUAACGGCGGCACCUGUGUGGGAGGAGGAGACACCUUCACCUGCAUCUGUAAAGAGGGCUGGGAAGGCCCCACCUGUGGCCAAAGUGAGUGUCUCCAGAAAGCAUUUAACAAGAUAAAACCAGACUGUCAGCUGUAAGAUACUUGUGGUUUGUCAGCCUGGAGAUACAUACCUGCUGUGUAGUCUAGACUACAUAGAUGUAUCCUGCUGCAUCAUGAGUGUAAUUGUAAAUAUACUUGAUUCAACAUUGUGCAUCUCUCUGAAGGAUGUCUCCAGCGUUACUGUUAUAUUAAUUCAGGGUUUCAGUGGCCCACUAAGUACAAAUUCUGAAACCAGCUCAGUAAAUCAGGCAACUGAUAACUGGUGGACAGAACAUUCUAUUAGCACUUAGCUUUUCCAAGUUUUUCUGUCAUGUUCAGAGAUAACAGUCCUGAAGUUGUAUCCUUUUAGUAUCCACAUUGAAUAAUGAAAUUGAACGUAUCUGUUCCCAGUUAUCUUGCAUUUUUGCAUCAUCAUGCAUUUAUACAUGCAGUUAACAAUAAGAAUAAGAAUAACUUUAUUUAUCCCCGAAGGGAAAUUCAAUUUGGCUAGUACUAUGGCUAGUACCAACUAACAGCAAGUAUAGCUACAGCCUGAGGCUCAUGUACUCAGUGUUGAAGGAGUGAUGUUGCUCAUAGACUGGACUGUCAAUAGGUGCUUUAAAAGUGCAGGAACUUUCUUCAGGAAUUGGGGACUUUUUGCUUUUCAACUGCAGGAACUACAUCUAAAUCUAGUCCUGGGGUAAGUGACCUACUUCUAGAAAAGCCACCACUCAGGGGGUUGUACUUUUUAACAGCCCAGGUGUCGUGCUUCCUUCGUAUCAUAGCACUGAAACCUGCAAAGCGUCACUUAGAAUGCCGUGCAGGUCAUGUAAAAUAUGUCUUGCUUUCCAGCAGUAGGAGUUCUGCUUCUGUGUUGAUUAUUUCUGUACCAACGCACUAAGACAAACCCCUUGUAAAUGUGAACCGAACUGAUGAGAAACCUGAUCCUGAUUGUAAAACUCAACCUCUUAUGUCUCUUUUUGUUCUUCUCUUCAACAGAUAUAAACGACUGCAACCCUCAUCCAUGGUAGGUUCCCCUUUCUUUCUCAAACACCUCUGUUGCUUAGCCAAAUCUUUCCCCUUUUCCUCUUUGCACACCUUCCACAAACCUCAAUGAGGGGUGGAGGGCAACUCAAAGUUGUCCUUAAAUCGAGCCUCAGAGAGAGGGCAUCUCUUAUAGAAAUGAACAAGGGUAGAAAAAGGACAGAGAGGGUUUUUUUGGUGAGGGAAGAAAAAUAGUCCCACCUACCCCGUGGGGAAUGCAGGUGGGGGGUUGGAGUGGUGGUGGCAAUGAUGGGGUGUCCAUUCUUCCCGUGCGACCUGGGGGGGAGCAAAGCUUUGACGAGGGAUGGAGGAGAGGCAUGAUGAGAGGUGGGGAGGGACUGGACAUGGUGAUUAGCAUCUGAAAGGUGGAGGCUUGUAUUGAUGACUCCCCCCACUGCCACCACUUACACACGUAAACGCAGACACACACACACACACACACACACGUUGAGGAUGUGCUUUGUUGCAGCUGUAAAGAAUGUGCCUCUUGUAUUUCCUCUUCUGAUUGUCUUUAUUUCUUUUACAGUUAUAAUGGCGGGAUCUGUGUGGACGGAGUUAACUGGUUUCGGUGCGAGUGUGCUCCUGGUUUCGCUGGACCAGACUGCAGAAUCAGUGAGUAAAAAAUCAAUUUUUACUUACACUUUGAGUCCUAAAAGAGUGUCCCACAGUCCUUGAAAGUAGCAUCAUUAGGAGGAUGGACAGACCGAGUGAGGAGAAACUAAAGAAAAAUGGGCACAAUCAGGAGAUGGACAACUUGACACCUAAAUGUAAGACCGGGGCACCGCCUUCUCCUUUUUUCUUGGCCCUCAAUCGCCUCAGAGGUCAGAGGUCGUCCCUCCUCCAUACUCACGCAGUCAUACAAACACAUAUGGGAUACAAAUUACCCAGUGACCCUGAAACUCUUCUUCUCUGCUCUUUUGUUUGGGCCGGAUAGCGUUCACCUUCUCUGUCAGGCUCGAGUUUGAGAAUUCUCAUUCAGAUUGUGUUCAUGUGAAAUCUGAGUGACAAAAGGCCAAGCAUCCUAGUGUUUAAAGUGGAAAAAGGCACAAAUGAUGUGUCGCUCCAAAAGAUGCUCAAAUAGCUAAAGGACCGGAAACUGAAAAUAUAUGGACUAUAUUAUCUUUUUUUCUAAAUGUAAAGCUUUAAAUUUAAACCACACAGAACUAUCAUAUAUAUAAAAAUCAAGCCAAGCCAACUAUACGUUAGCAGCCCUUAAACAUACACCAGUGAAUACAGGAAGAAGCAACCGCCAUUGCCAGCUCUUGUAUAUUCGAUCAAGUCAUCCUUUUUCUCUCUUACAGACAUAAAUGAGUGCCAGUCUUCACCCUGUGCCUACGGUGCCACCUGUGUGGAUGAGAUCAACGGUUUCCGCUGCGUCUGUCCGCUUGGAAGAACAGGAGCUCGAUGCCAAGAGUGUAAGAUGAUUCAAGAUGAUCCCUGUCCUUUAUUUUUUUUGCCACUUUCCAUUGAAUAAAUAAAUACUACUGCAGGAGCUCACCGUUUCCCUCUCUCUGUCUCUCUGCAGUCAUAGGUAUUGGGAGAACUUGUCACUAUGCCGGACUGCAGUUUCCUCACAGCAGCCGCUGGGAGGAGGAGUGUAACAGCUGCCAUUGCAUCAAUGGCAAAGUGGAGUGCACAAAGGUAACACACCCCUAUUGGGAAACAGUAACAUGGCUGUGUAUAAAAAGGGCAUUACAGAGAGACUUAUUCUUGGAAGUAAUGACCAGAAGAGUUCAGUACCUUGUAAGAAACUGUAAGAGCAAAGGUUUUAUCAUCUACAGUUCUUGGGUUAUUAAUAGAUUCAGAAAUGUAGGGUAUUGCGUUAAAAAGAGACAUGACUAUGUAGUGGAAGUUCCUGCAUGAGCUUAAUUUUACUGACAACAACUGCUCUGAUCCAAAAAAUCUGGAGAAAUCUCUGCCGAAAAAAGGGGCAAGGCAAAAAGUCAGUCCAGGUUAGCCAUGACUUCCAGGUACUUUGGUACACUACAUCAAAGUACUUUGGUACACUGCAUAAAGCGUUCGUGCUGGCUAUUUGCUUUUUCGGUUGAGUGAAUGCUGGCGCAACUUGCUGCCACUGCUCUCUGGCUCUUUUCUUUUAGUGUUUUAAUCGGUAUCUGGACUCUGCAGCAGUUCUUCUCCACUUGUCAAAUGUGGCACUGUUGGUUUUUUAUAUGCUAGAUCUACUCUUAAAUGAUCUGACUCUCAGAUUGUUUGCUUGGACCACCUUAGCUGUGGCGUGUCUCUCUCCUCACGCUGUCCAGUAGCCUUCUCCCAUUCAUCAUGUGGAAUUUCAGCCUUGUUGUGCUCGUCUGGACUGUCCUGUCUAUCAAUUUAAAUUCAUCGUCAGCUUUACUCCUCUACACGGCUGCAGAGCUCCUCCAACUCCAACUUCUUGGUGGUUAUAAUAUACAAAUGGACAACAUCAAUCAUAUUCACACCAAGGAUUUCAUGUCUUGCCUGGACAGUUUUGGACUACAACAGUACAUAGACUUCCCUGCACACUCUAAAGGAUACAUCUUGGAUCUGGUUUGCUGCUCUGGUCUUCCCAUCUCUGAUCACAUGUUAAUUUCCUUCUUCACUAGCCUCACACUAUCCAUAACUAAAUAGUCACAUCUUAUCUCAUUCCGCAAUAUCAAAAACAUUAACUUAUCAGCCCUCACAACAGGUAUUGACAGCCUCCCCAGCAUCAGCUUCUCAUGUACUCCUGAUCAACUUGUUACAACUCAUUACAACGAUGGUCUCCAUGCUCUGCUGAAGUUACUGGCUCCUGUCAAAACUCUGACUGUGUCAUUCACCCACUCUGCUCCCUGGUAUUCCCCUCAGUUACAUCAACUUAAAGCCAAAGGUUGUCAACUGGAGCGACUUUACAGGAAAACUGGACUCACUAUUCACAAACAAAUGUACCACACCCACAUUCUCCACUACAAAGACACAAUCUCCUCAGUUAAAUCCCAAUACUUUGCAGGACUUAUUAGUGCUGGUGAUGGGAACACCAGGGCCCUCUUCUCAUUAAUGAAUAAUACUCUGUGCCCCCCGGACUCUGUCCCUCCACAUUUUUACUCCACUGAUCACUGUAAUUCAUUAAUGGAAUUCUUCAACACUAAAAUAAACAAGAUCCAUCAGCAACUGAUCCCUCACAGCCCUGUUAGUCCAUCUUCUCCAGUUCUCCAUGCCCCCCUUUCUCAACCACUUGCAAACUUUCAACUUCCUUCUGCUGCAGAUAUAUCAGAACUCAUCCAGAAAUCUAAAACACAUACCUGCCAACUCGACCCCCUGCCAACUUCUUUAGUCAAAGCCAGCCUGCCCUCUCUGUUGCCCCUGAUAACUGUCAUCAUACACUGCUCCCUCACAACUGGUAAUGUUCUGUCAUCCCUUAAAUCUGCUGCUGUUACGCCCAUACUCAAGAAACCAAGCUUAGAUCCUAAAAACUUAAAUAACCUCCGUCCGAUCUCUAACUUGCCAUUGCUUUCCAAAAUCCUUGAAAAAGCAGUGGCAUCACAGAUUCAUACACACAUCUUCAACAAUAACCUAUACGAACAGUUUCAAUCUGGUUUCCGCCCACGUCACAGCACCAAAACAGCCCUCUAAAAAAUCACCAAUGACCUCCUGAUGGCAGCUGAUUCCGGUCAAUUAAGUAUCCUCAUCCUUCUCGACCUCAGUGCAGCCUUCGACACCAUCUCCCACACCAUCCUCCUUGACAGACUAGCAUCUAUUGGUUUAUCAGACACACCCCUGGGCUGGUUCACAUCUUCACCUCGUUCACCUCACUGGCUGUACUCAGUUUAUAAAAUUUCAAAUCUCAACCAUCUCCCCUCUCCUCUGGUGUCCCCCAAGGCUCAGUCUUUGGCCCCAUCCUGUAUAUCAUGUACCUUCUCCCUCUUGGUCACACUUUCCGUAAGUCCGUAUCAAUUUUCAUUGUUAUGCAGACGACACCCAGCUCUACCUCUCUACCAAACCCAACUCCACCUUCCUGCCCUCCUCUAGCUGUGACUGUUUACAGGAAAUCAAAUCAUGGUUUGCAUCCAACUUUCUCAAACUUAACUGAUAAAACUGAGGUUCUCCUCAUUUGAACCAGAUCCACCCUCAGGAACACUCCAAGCUUCACCAUCCCCAUCGACAACGCCUCUGUUUUCCUCCUUCCCUCAGGUCAAGAGUCUGGGUGUCGUCCUUGACAGCACUCUGUCAUUCCAAACUCACAUUCAUUGCAUAACCCGGUCAGCCUACUUCCAUCUUUGAAACAUCAAUCGUCUCCGUUCGUCACUUACCCCCAACAGCACCACCAUCCUGGUCCAUACAAUGGUUACAUCCUGCCUGGUCUACUCCCUUCAACUCCCUUCUCAUUGGUCUCCCCCAUAAGUCUGUCCAUUAGCUUCAGCUGGUCCAGAACGCUGCCACCCGUAUCAACACCAGAACACCACCUAGCAGUCACAUCACACCUGUUCUCCACCAACUUCACUGGCUUCCCAUCAAAUACUGCUUGGACUAUAAAAUUUCUGCUCCACACAUUUAAGGCCAUCCACAACCUCACUCCUCCAUACCUCUCUGAACUCCUCCACAUCAACACUCCCACCUGGACUCUCGGGUCUGCCUCAUCCAUCAGCCUCAUUAUGCCUCCAGCCCGUCUGUCCACCAUGGGAUCCAGAGCCUUCAGCCGCGCUACCCCCCUUUGCCUUUUGGAACUCCCUCUCCCCUGACAUUAGGAUCAUUGACUCACUCUCCAUCUUUAAAUCCCAUCUCAAAACUCAUUGUUUCAGACAGGCCUACUCAGACUAGCAUUUGAUGUUCUGCUGCAGAGUCAGGACUUGCAACUUUUUAUUUAAUACUUUGUUGUGUUGAUGUGUUUUUAAUGACUUUACUAUUUUACUUAUGUGUCUUUUAAUUGCCCUGUAAGAUGUCCUUGAGUGCCCUGAAAGGCGCCCGCAAAUAGAAUGUAUUAUUAUUAUUAUUAUUAUUACUAUUAGAAUAAUUCCCAUUAUUAUUAUCAUUAUUGUUAUUAUUAUUAUUAUUAUUAUUAUUAUUAUUAUUAUUAAAAAAACAGACAUGCCUCUGUAGUGGAAGUCACUGCAUUGGCUUUAAAUCACAUACAAAAACCACUAUCUGUGAUCACAGUUGGUGUCUGCACCAACAACAAUAAUGUCUGAAGUCCUAAGAUUCUUAAUUGGAGCCUGCUGGUGGAUAGCUUUAAAGGGAUUUUCCGGUGUAAAAGUUAGCCAACCAAGUUAGACACCCCCUCGAGAGAUGAAAAGUUGCCGACUGUCUCCACACACAAACUUCAACCAAAAAGCCACUCUAUAGCCACAAAUAAUGCUCAGAACAGCACCUAACUUCAUCAACAGUACAUAUAGGGUCCCAGCCAUAAUACUAGCCAUCAAACAUCUUUUUAGCUUUGCCUGAUUUCUUUAGCAAAUAGACCAAACACAACUUACCCAUUCUCCUCCAGCAGCUGCUUGUUUGUGGGGGGCCCUGACGAGUCGAUCACUGAGUGCAGCAGAAAAUUUAUGAUUAUUACUUCAUGAAAAUGCAAUCAGACCGAGACGCUAAGGCAGAAGAAUUACUGCAUCUGCAGUGUACAUACAAGUCACACAAGAACUCUGAUUGCAUCUGAUUAAUGAGAUGAUAGACCACAUUUGGAGAUUGCCGGAUGAGGCUCAAAUAUCUACUGCACUGGUUUGUGGGAUUUUUCAAUGACAGUGAAUAUUGUGAUCAUGUGACUCUAGGUACUAUGUGGCCGUCGCCCCUGCCGGCUCAAACCAUCAAGUCAGGACCAAAGACAUCAGUCAUGCCCAGCUGGACGAGAGUGUGUGGAGCACAGUUACCUCACCUGCUUCUCCCCGCCUUGCCAUGAGUGGGGAGUUUGUACCACGGGCGGGCGCUCGCUACCACAAACAACCACGAAGUGCCUGCCGAACAGUGGGCAUUUGGACAACAGCUGUGGACGGAUAACACUUGUGUUUAACAGAGACAAAAUACCAACAGUAAGUCCUCUCUGUGGUCUUUAUUGAAGCAUAAGUGUAACCUUAAGGACAAUUUCAGGGGCAUGUUUUGCAUUGUUGCUGAUCAGUGAGUGUUUGUUCAUUCACAGGGAACAACAGUGGAGAACAUCUGCUAUGAGCUCAGGUAUCUUCCUGACACCAGAAGCUUGGCAAAGAAACACAGCCUUCUCCUGCUCUGUGACCUCUCUCAUUCAAAUCAGGAUGCUGUGGAGGUGGCUAUCGUAAGUGAUGGCAUGAGUUUGCUCCUUAUUCUAAUUUAGUCUCAUUUUAACCCAGUUUAGGCUUUAAAGCAGCGUUGUUGGAUAGUCAUUAAUAACUUAAAAGUUGCUUACAGAGCUGAAAUAAAUUUUGAUGAAAAAGUGAAACAGGUAGACUUAGGUGCAACUUAACAUGUUUGCCAUCUUUUAAGUCAUUUCUUUACUCUCCGGUUUGGGUUUCAGUCUUUCCAGCCAGAGGAUCUACCGGACCACAGUCUGAUCCAGCAGGCAGCCAGCGCCAUCGUGGGCACCUUGUCCAAACGGCACAACAGCACCAUCAUGCUUGCAGUCAUUGAGGUCAAAGUGGAGACCCAAAUCAUGUCCCCGUCAGUGGGUGAGUAAUAAUCAAUCAAGGUGCUCCACAAGGCUUUGUUGUGGGCCCACUUCAGUUUCUAAAUACUGAUCUCUAUGUCUGUCUUUUCCUCCCUCUUCUUCUAAAAAACAAUAGAUUACCUGGUGCCUGUACUUUGUGUGCUCUUCUGCUUGCUCUGCCUCUUCUGCAUCAUUGUAUGCAUUUGGUGGACGCGCAAACGGAGAAAAGAGCGUGAGAGGAACGUACGAUCAGCUGCAGACACCAACGUAAACAACCAGUGGGAGCCUCUCCGGCUCGUUGUGGGACGUGAGUCGCAGCAGCAGCUGAAAGAAAGCAACAGGGAGGCGGAGCAAGAGCGUAAAAAGCUCAUGGACCCCUCCUGUCGGACGUGUGAUGAUGGGGAGGAGGAGGAGGAGGAGACUGAAUGCGAGCUUGAGCUCGAGCUGGAAGAGGAGUGUGGUGGAGCAGAGGCGGGAAAGCAGCACGUUUAUAAGUACUCUGAGACUGCAGUGCAGUCCAGCGAGGGAGUGAUCUGCACCCUGCACAGCUCCAGUUCACCCCUCAAAGCACCUCACCGGACCCCCGGCUACAGCCCCAAAGACAACCGCUGGAAAAAUGUCUGUGCAGCCUUGACAGGUCAAAAAGACCUCAGAGACCAUUGUGUAUAAGAAAUUUAAAUAAAGGACUCACGUUAAGGAAGCGAGAUGAGCAGAGAAGCUGCUAGGCAGUGACUAUUCUUAUUUUUGGACUACUUUAGAGAAGAAAAAGAGGCUUUCUGUUUUUAUAAGCCAUUCUUUGCUUUGUUUUCAUGUUUUGGUCACUGUCGCCUGAAGUGAUUUUUGAUUAAGGAGGCGCGAGCACAGUGGACAUCCUUGUUUUUGCUUCUGUUCACUUAUUUUUUUUAGUGUGUACAGAGAGAGCUGAGAUGAAAAGAUUUUUUUCAGGAGGCAAAAGAAGCUCUCUGCGAUUUUUGUUUAUGGAGUUAUACCAUUAAAGAAACAAUGAAUCUUUGAAACAGAGAAAGAGAACAACCUGUAUAAAGAUUUUUUUUGGUUUACAGAUGAUUAUGAUUUUGUUAAAUUGUCAGCAGGCUCCUGUUCAGUGUCUGUUGGGGGGGCAGACACACGUAACAGAGACACGUAAAAGAGACAGUAAAGGAAGGGUUUUGAGGGAAAAGGACUGUUGCAGCCACAGUAACAGAGGAAACCCUGCCUUUGCUCUGUCUUUCCCACCUGUGGCCAUCAUGCGCCAGCCUUACCAAAACAUUUGGCCUGGAGGGGAGAGGGGACAGAAACCCCAGUGCCUACUAUGUGGCCUUCCAUUUUUUUUCUCCUGUCUCUCAGUUGUCUUGGCUGAAAGCUCUGUAUGAGGGUUUUUUGCAGUAUUUGAGUUGGUAGCAAGUGCCUUUCUAAGAGCCGUGUUGAGGCUUCAAGUCGCGCUGCCCAGUUUGACCUCCUUGUUCUCAAAUCUCAAAGGGAUGUAAGUGUAAGUGUAGAGAGUUCAAUUUCACAGCAACGCCAUGCAAGGUAUUUGAUCCAAACAGAAAUUAAUACUCUGUACAUAUGUGUAAAUACAAAAGGAGUCGCUGUGUAUAUUUGAAAGUAACUUAAAGACAAGUCACACAUUUUUAUUAUUAUUAUUAUUAUUGUUAUUAUUAUUAUGAUUAAUAUUAUUUUUAUUUUUUUUACAAUGCCAUUCCUUUUAUUUAUGCCAGUCAAAAUAGUCGCGUUUUAUAACACUUCAUAUCCAAAGUCCCAUGGUUAAGAAUCUUUACAACGAGGUACCACUAAUGAAGGAAUUUCUGAAGGGUUUAUAAAUGGUUUGUCAUUAAGGACACAUUUAUUUUUGGGCCUAUUUAACAGCUUUCAGUUACAAACAACAAAAAAAUGAUCAUUUUCUUUGGUCAUUCACAACUGUCACCAGACAGAUCAAAAAAAAAAUUCUGCUGCUAUUGUUUACUAAAUUUUCCCACCACACUACCAUUUUGUUAUUUUAUGCUUUUAUUUUUCAACUUGCUGCAUCUUUUUUUCAAACUCAACCUCAAAAUUUUCAACCUGUCCACUGAUAAAUUGUAUAUCCUUCAGAUUUCAUUUCUCCAUUGAUGAAAAAACCUGUUUACAGAGAUGUAAAAUGUUUAAAAUGUGUUCUCAGUCUUUGAUUAUGGCCUUUCCAACCACAGAUGAUUUAUUCAGAUCUGAAGGAGAAGGUGUCCAAUAGGGCAGGAAACACUUCCUCAGUGAUUUUGUUGCGCCAAUUUAUGUUAUUUACAGUAAAACAGUCAUUUGCUCCUUUACCAUCUGAUCUAGUGGUGACUUCAGUUUUGUUUUUUUUACUUUCUCUUACAGAUUUUUGUUUUUGAAUUGGGGUUUGAUUCAAACUAAACUUCCUUAGUUCCCUUUGGCAGUCCAAAACCCAAACCUUUCAACCCUCAAGCCUUAAAAAGCUCUCAAACCAUUUCUAAACCCAUCACAAACCCUUUUGUUUCAGGUGCCUUUAAUGUAACACAGACAUCAUUUGUGUAAUCACUGGUCAUCUUUUCUAUGUUGUUGGUUUGUUUUCACUAUUAAGGAAAGUAACUCUUUGAAACAGUGUGUGCUGUAUCGUGGCGUGUUUUAUUCGCCUGAGUAAAAGUGCUCUCCCUGUCCCUCUCUCUCUCUGCUAUCAUUGAGAUUUCUGGAAUAAAACAUUCGAUGGAGGAUUAAAAAAAAUCGACAAGCGCAAGCAUGGCUCCUUUUGAGUGUCAUGAAUGUGGAUGUCAGCAGGUCAAUUUGUGUUUGGUUCAAAGGCUUUAAUGAGGGAACAAUGUUUUUGCUACCAUGUAAAUGUAUUUUGUUUUUUAAAGUUACCAACUCAAUUCAAAGUUUCCCCUUUUCAUAUCAUGUCAUUGUCUCAAAACGCCACCGUUAUUUUCUGUAAAUGGGACACCGCAAAAUAAAGAAUUAAAAAUGCAUCACUGCUGGUGUUAUAAGCUAAAUAUGCAUAUUGUAUACAUUUUAUUCUGCAAGAGACGUUGAGUUAAUUUUAUACAGAGUGCAAAGGUUUCCAUUUUUUUAGUGGAUGUUUCAUUGUUCUAAAUAAUCAUCCCAGUUAUUUAUUAAAGCAGUUUUGACACAUUUUGA